AGUGUGUGCGCGCGUGUGUGUGUGUGUGUGCGCGCGCGCCUUAGUGUGUGCGUGUUUGUGAAGCGGCUGUGCAGCUGCCCAAAGCACAAGGCAAAGAAAAGUUUAAUAUUUGCUGGCGUUGUGUUUUUCGUUAGCAGCUGUUGGCAGUAUGUACUGAUUUUGACCGAAAUUUGAUGAAGAAAAUGCAAAAAUGAAAAUAUUUUUGCCACUAGUCACGUGGAUAGUGCUACUACUUUCGAGUACAGUACAUUCACAAUACCAACAACAACUACAACCGUUUAAGACAAAUCCAAACAAGCAUAGUCGAUUUCGAGGCGAAGUAUUCUUUCUGAAUCUCGAGGAUGGCUAUUUUGGCUGCCAAGUUAAUGAGUCAACAGACUAUUUGCAAUUAUACGAUCUAUCGAAAAUCUGCGACGGUAAUCAAGACUGCUUUCUUGGUUCCGAUGAGCUAAGCAAAGAGCUCAAAUGCACAAAUGACUGUGAUAAGGAUGGCACACAGUGCACAAAUGGUGUUUGCCUGAAUGGCGUUUGCCAUUGCAAUGAUGGCUUUGGCGGCUGCAAUUGCGUCGAUCAAGAUGAGAACGAAUGCAAGCAGCGGCCAUGCGAUGUGUUUGCCCAUUGCACAAACACAUUGGGCAGCUUUACGUGUACCUGCUUUCCGGGCUAUCGCGGCAAUGGUUUCCAGUGCGAAGAAAUUCCCCAACCACCAAACACCACUUGCCAACACACACAUAAAGACAUCAACGAAUGCCAGGACAAUCCGUGCGGCGAGAACGCGUUAUGCACGGACACCAUCGGCAGUUUCGUUUGCACGUGCAAAACGGACUACACCGGUGAUCCCUUCCGCGGUUGCGUCGAUAUCGAUAUGGAGUGCGGCAUCGCUGCGCCUAAGCCACUGCGUGAGAACAGUCGACUCGAGCCUGUACGCACGCACGUCCGAAUGUGUGACCCCAUGCUCCGUGCGUUGAAUAGUCCGCCGCCAUCUAAAGUCUCGCGUCGACUCUGCUGUGAGGCUGAGAGGCUGAGCGGUGGCUCUAGUCCUCCAGCACGCCGGCAAGGGAUGGUCCUGCAAGCAGCCUUCCUGCGAGCGGCAAGAACUGUGCGCGUGUGGCCGAACGACUUACCUGUCGUAGCUCAGGCAACCGUGAUAUACGAGUCUAGCGGUGCUGCUGGCGGCCUACAGCUGAUGUCUCACGCUGCCAUUGAGAAGGCAUUCACCUGCGAUGCUGUCAUCUGGCACUUUCGCGCUCCAUGCGCCUCAUCGCCAGUGCGCAGCGGAAUAAAGGAGGAUUCGACGCACUACUCAUUCCUCAAAGCCGAGCGCUACGCCUGCGGCAUCAAUGCCAAGUGCACGCCCACAGAUCCGCCGCAAUGCAUGUGCGAGGCGGGCUACAAGGGUGAUCCCCUGCUGGGCUGCACGGAUGAGGAUGAGUGUGCUCAGCUGCCAUGUGCUUAUGGCGCGUACUGCGUUAAUAAGAAGGGCGGCUACCAGUGUGUGUGCCCACAAGGAUUCACUGGUGAUGCCUACAAGAGUGGCUGCAUUUUGGCCGAGGGCACGGCCAAGAGCACUUGCAGUCGCAAUGAGGAUUGCGCCAGCAAUUUGGCCUGCCUGGACGGCAGCUGCAUGAGCCCCUGCGCCAGUUUGCUCUGUGGCGCCAAUGCCUACUGCGAAGCGGAGCAGCAUGCGGGCUGGUGUCGCUGUCGCGUUGGCUACACCAAGAAUGCUCUAGGAGAUUGUGUCAGCCAGUGCCAGGAUGUCAUCUGCGGCGCCGGCGCGCUAUGCAUACCCACGAGUGAAGGACCCACCUGCAAGUGUCCACAGGGCACGCUGGGCAAUCCCUUCCCAGGCGGCAGCUGCAGCACGGAUCAGUGCAGCGCUUCACGCCCCUGCGAGGCGCCACAAAUCUGUCUCAAUGGACGUUGCAAGCAGCGCUGCGAUGGCGUCAUCUGCGGCAUCGGCGCCAGCUGCGAACAAAGCAGCGGCAAAUGCAUUUGCGCGCCCAACUUUGUGGGCAAUCCCGAGCUGCUCUGCAUGCCACCCAUAGAGCAGGCCAAGUGCUCGCCCAGCUGUGGACAGAAUGCGCAUUGCGAGUACGCUCUGGGUCAGAGCCGCUGCGCCUGCAAUCCCGGCAGCUAUGGCAAUCCCUACGAGAGCUGCGGCCCGCAGUCAAAGCAAAGCUGUCAGCCCAAUAGCUGUGGAUCAAAUGCCGAGUGUCGCGCGGUGGGUCAGCAGCUCACUUGUCUGUGCCCACAAGGCUACAGCGGUAAUCCGUAUAUAGGCUGCCAGGAUGUGGACGAGUGCGCGCAGCAACCUUGCGGACUAAAUGCCGCCUGUCUGAAUACAGCGGGUGGAUUUGAGUGUCUUUGUCUAGCUGGACAUGCGGGUAAUCCUUACAGCGCCUGCGCGCCCAUCGAAUCUCGCUAUUGCCACAGCGCUGCGGAUUGUCAGUGCAGCGCACGCGUCGAGUGUCCCGCUGGCUAUAGCUGCCAGUCCGGACGCUGUCAGAAUCUUUGCGCACACGCCGCUUGUGGACCACGCGCUAUUUGCGAUGCCGGCAAAUGUCUUUGCCCGCUGGGCUAUGAGGGCAAUCCUACGGAUCUGCAGCAGGGCUGCAGCAUACGCGGUCAGUGCCACAACGAUGGCGACUGCGCUGCCAGCGAGAUAUGCUUCCAACUAGGCAAAGGACUGCGCAAGUGUCUGGACGCCUGCUCCAAGGUGCAGUGCGGUCCCAAUGCGCUCUGCGUAGCCAACGAACAUCGCUCCAGCUGCCUCUGCGCUGAUGGUUACUACGGCAAUCCAAGCAACUUGCAAGCGGGCUGCCAGCCUGAGCGUCAAGUGCCCACGCCACUGGAUAAAUGUCAAACUGACAACGAUUGUGAGCGUGGAUUUGGCUGCCAGAGCAGCAGCGUUGCCGGCGGCACACGCGAGUGCGUCAAUCUCUGCGCGCAUGUCAUUUGCGGCGCCAACGAGCUCUGCAGCAUCAACCAAGCUGGACAUGCGGUAUGCAAUUGCGCAUCCAGUUAUGUUUGGAAUCCACUGAGCUCCGCCUGUGAGAAGCCUACGCUGCCGGAUUGCAGCAGCGAUGCGGACUGCGUGCAGUCGCACGCCUGUCGCGCCGAUGUGCUGGGCGUGCUCAAGUGCGUCGCCAGCUGUGAUGCUUAUCAAUGUCCUGCCAACUCGCAGUGCCUGGCGCAGCGUCAUCAAGCGAGCUGCGUUUGCCUGAAUGGCUAUGUGGGCAAUCCCAAUGAUCGCAAUGGCUGCCAGCUGACGCGUCAGCAGCAAUGUCGCAGUCAUGCGGAGUGCGCGGAGUCCGAGGAAUGCAUUAAGGAUAUCAACAAUCAAACUUUGAGCUGUCGCGCCGCCUGCGAGCGUCAGAAAUGCGGACCAGGCGCUGUUUGCAUCACCAACAAUCAUCAAGCGCAAUGUCAAUGUCCACCUGGCGCCUUUGCUGGCGAUCCCUACGAUGUCAUCAAGGGCUGCCAGAGCGUGCCUUGUGUCUACAACGACGACUGUCCUGCGAGUCAGAUGUGCAAUCGCAUGUCGCACACUUGCUACGAUGUCUGCAAUGCCGAAUCCUGUGGCGAGCAUGCCAUAUGCCUGGCUGAAGCGCAUCGCGCAGUUUGCCAGUGUCCACCUGGCUACAAAGCAAAUCCACUGCCUGAAGUUGCUUGUGUCAAGCAAAGCGGCUGCGCCAGCGGCAGCUGUCAUCCCACAGCUAUGUGUGAACUGACGCUAGAUGGCGCCAGCUGCAAGUGCCCGCCGCUGUACGAAGGCGAGCCCGCAGCUCACGCCUCAGGCUGUCGUCCGUUGGCGCAAUGUCCACAUGGCGAUGCCGACUGUCCAGCGAAUACAAUUUGCGCUGGCGGACGCUGCAGCAAUCCCUGCGAGCAAGCCUGCGGCAUGAACGCAAUAUGCAAGGUGAUCAAUCGCCAGCCUGUCUGCAGCUGCCCGCUGCGCUUCCAGAUUGUGGGCGAGUCUGCUAAGCAGGGCUGCACGCGCAGCGGCUCCAAGUGCAGCAGCGAUUUGGAAUGCGGCGGCGCUUUAUGCUACAAUGGACAAUGUCGCGUUGCCUGUCGCGCCGGCACGGACUGCGCACAGGACGAACAAUGCGUGGGCAAUGUUUGCGUCGUCAGCUGCUUGGAUCACAGUCAAUGUGGGGCUGGACUUGCCUGCAAGGACAGCCACUGCAUUUUGGGCUGUCGCAGCAACAAGGACUGCGGCCAGACGCAAAGCUGCAUUGAGAACAAAUGUUUGAAUCCCUGCCAGGCAAGCAACAGCUGCGGCCCCAACGCGCUCUGCAAUGUGGAGCAGCAGCGCAGCAUUUGCAGCUGCCCCGCAGGCUUCGAGGGCAAUCCCACACCCGAGCAGGGCUGCGUGCGUGUACCCGCGCCCUGCCUCGCCAGCAAUCAAUGCCCCAGCGCACACAUGUGCAUAGGCAAUCAAUGCAAUCUGCCCUGCCAGAAGAACUCCGAGUGCGCUGUAGGCGAACGCUGCUAUCAACAGGUUUGCCGCAAGGUUUGCUACACCAGCAACAACUGCUUGACAGGUGAGAUUUGCAACAGUGAGCGCACAUGCCAGCCGGGCUGCGACUCCGACGCAGACUGUCCACCCACGGAGCUUUGCCUAAGCGGCAAAUGCAAAUGCGCGCAAGGCUUCAUCGGCACGCCCUUCGGCUGUGCGGACAUCGACGAGUGCACGGAGCAGCCUUGCCACGCCAGCGCCAGCUGCGAGAACACUCCUGGCUCCUAUCGCUGUGUCUGCCCCGCCGGCACAGUGGGUGACGGCUUGUCGGGCUGCCAGCAGUCGCGUCAGUGCCAGAACCACGCCGCUUGUGAUAGCAGCUUGGCCUGCAUACAUGGACAAUGCGCAGAUCCUUGCGCGGCGACAGUUUGUGGCGCUAAUGCGCUGUGCGAAACGCAGCAACAUGUUGCCGAGUGCAGCUGCCCAGCGGGCUAUCUAGGUGAUGCUAAUGACGCCGGCGUAGGCUGCUUCAAGGUGGAGUGCAUCGAUGAUGCGGAUUGCUCAGCGGAGCGCGCCUGCGAUAAGCAAACCAAUCGCUGCAUACAGCCUUGCGAGCUCAUCAGCUGCGGCAAGGGCAGCUGCCAGGUGCAGGAGCAUGCACCCAAGUGUCUCUGCCAUCCAGGCUAUCAACUAACGAAUGGACUAUGCGAGGAUAUCAACGAGUGCUUGAGUCAGCCUUGCCAUAGCACUGCCUUCUGCGAUAAUACGCCGGGCAGCUAUCAAUGCAAGUGUCCGGUUGGACUCAUAGGCGAUGCAGUCACCAGUGGCUGCCAUGAUGCUAGCGAAUGUCUAAGCGAUGCCUGAUUGCCCACCACAGCGCCAAGCUGUCAGCAGUCACGUUGCCGCAAUCCUUGCGAGCAGCCCAACGCCUGCGGUUUGAAUGCGCGUUGCCAAGUGCAGGCGCAUCAAGCGGUUUGCAGCUGCGCGUCCAAUGCACGCGGCGAUGCGCAUAUUGAAUGCGUUACCAUGGAAUGCCAGUCGAAUGAGGAUUGCGCCAAUGAAAAGGCCUGCCUGGAUGCCAAGUGCAUUGAUCCCUGCUCGCUGCCCAAUGCCUGCGGCGCCUUAGCGCGCUGCAGCGUGCAAAAUCAUCUUGGACUCUGUGCCUGCGAAUCCGGCAGCACCGGCGAUGCCAAGCAGGGCUGCGUGCCAUUGCAGUAUUGCCAGCAGGACAGCCAAUGCGCCCAGGGCAGCAUUUGCUCGCACGGCAUCUGCAGCGCGCUCUGCAGCAGCAAUCGCGACUGCAUUACCGAGCAGCUUUGCCUGCAGGGCGUUUGCCAGAGCAGCUGCCAGGCCAACAGCACGUGCCCGCAGCUGCAGUACUGCGCGAAUAAUAUUUGCGUCAAGGAGCUGGAGUGCCGCACCGAUGAGGAUUGUGGCGAGCAGGAGAGCUGCCUGCAGGAUGCUUAUGGACGCGCGCGUUGUGAAGGCGUUUGCCAGGGACGCGCUGCCUGCGGACGCAAUGCUGAGUGCGUUGCGCGCUCCCAUGCGCCCGAUUGUGAAUGCAAGGCGGGUUUCUUUGGCGAUGCACGCUCGGGCUGUCGCAAGAUUGAGUGCGAGCGCGAUGAGGACUGCUCCAAUGACAAGAGCUGCGAUAAUCACAUGUGCAAGAUUGCCUGCCUCAUAGGUCAACCCUGUGGCGAGAACGCGCUCUGCACCACCGAGCACCAUCGUCAGGUGUGCCAUUGCCAGCCUGGCUUCAGUGGCGAUCCGCGCGUGCGUUGCGAGCUUAUCGAUUUCUGCAAGGACGCGCCUUGCGGUCCCGGUGCGCGUUGUCGCAACUCGCGCGGCUCGUACAAAUGCAGCUGUCCCACCGGCUUGGUGGGCGAUCCUUAUAACGAAGGUUGCCGCAGCGCCGUCGAGUGUCUGACGCAUGAGGAUUGUCCGCCGCAUGCGGCGUGCGCGCAGACCAAUGGUGUGCCCAAGUGCCAGGACGUUUGCGCUCAGCUGCAGUGUGGCCCCAACGCGGAAUGCAUUCCGAAGGGCCACGUCGCGCACUGUGCAUGCCGCAAUGGCUAUGACGGCCAACCCGCUGACCGCUUAGUCGGCUGCAAGCCAUUGCCAGUGCCCUGCCAAAUCACUAGCGACUGCCCCACCAACACCUACUGCUCCGAUAGUGUCUGUAAACCUGCCUGCCUGCUGGACACUGAGUGCGGCCCCACUGAGGUCUGCCAAGGUGGACAAUGCUUCGAUCCCUGCCAACAGCCACAAGCGUGUGGCCAAAACGCCGAAUGCCAAAUGCUUAAUCAUGUUAAGCAGUGUAACUGCCCGAGUGGAUUCACCGGAGAUGCUGCCAAGGAAUGCGUGCGCGUGCCUGUUGCCUGCGAUGGCGAAUGCUCGCCUGGCUACAGCUGUCGCGACUCCAUGUGUCUGCCUGUCUGUCAGACCGAUCUGGAGUGUGCCUCCAACGAGAAGUGCCUGCGUGGCAAUUGCAUGCUCACCUGUCGCGUGGAUAACGACUGCUUCCUGGGCCAUGUGUGUCUGCACAACAAGUGCGUCUAUGGCUGCCAUGUGGAUGAUGACUGCAGCGCUUCGGAGUCUUGUCGCAACGACAAGUGUGUUAAUCCUUGCGUGGAAAGUCCCUGCGGUCCCAAUGCUGUCUGCUCGGUGUCGAAUCAUCGCGCCAGCUGCAGCUGUCUGGACAACAUGGUGCCCAACCCAACAGCACAAGUGGGUUGCGUGCGCUCCCCGCCAUUGGAGUGCCAUGAGAAUCGCGACUGCAGCAAUGGCCUGGCCUGCUACGAAUCUGUCUGCCGUCCACUUUGCGCCGACGAUGCCGGCUGCUUGACCAACGAACGUUGCCAGCAAGGCGUCUGCAAGCCGCUGUGCCGUCACGACAACGAAUGCGCUCAUGGCGAGCUCUGCCUGGGACUCAACUGUGUGGCCGGCUGUCGCAACGAUCAGAGCUGCCCCAGUCAACUGUCCUGCAUUAAUCAACAAUGCGUAGAUCCCUGCGCUGAUCCCACGGCCUGCGGCACAAAUGCGCUAUGCCAUGUGCUGGAGCAUCACAAGCAGUGCAGCUGCCCUGAAGGACUCAGUGGCAGGGCCGAUGUCGCUUGCAAAGCGCCACGCACUGCCUGUGGACGCAAUGAGGACUGUGAAUCGAAUCAACUUUGCUAUGCUGGCAGCUGUCAAGGCAAAUGCCGCAACGAUCAGAACUGCUUAGCGGAUGAGCGUUGCAUGCGCGGCACUUGCCGCACUGUCUGCAACACGGACGGCGCCUGUGCUCAAGGACAAAUCUGCGAGAAUCGCGUUUGCCAAACUGGUUGCCGCACAGAUUUGAGCUGCGCCAGCGACGAAGCCUGCGUCAACAAGAAAUGCUCGAAUCCCUGCUCAACCCCUGGUCAAUGUGGCCAAUGCGCCGACUGCCUGGUCAUCAAUCAUGGCGUGCAGUGUCAGUGUCCAGCUUCCUUUAUAGGCGAUGGUCUUACUGGCUGCCAGCUGCCGCCCGAGCGCUGCCAUCCCGGCUGUGAAUGUGAUGAAAGCGGCGCCUACUGCGCUGCCAAGUGUGCGCGCAACGAUGACUGCGCCUGCGGACAGCAAUGUGCGCGUGGCAAGUGCCGCAACAAGUGCGGCGCCAAGCGUCAGUGUCCCGUGGGUCAGCUUUGCGAGCGUGGCGCUUGCAUUGCUGGCUGCAAAUCCAACAGCGACUGCGCUGCCGACCAAAGCUGCUCCAAGGGCAAAUGCGUGGAUCCCUGCGCCGAUGAACGUGCCUGCGGUAGAAACGCGCUGUGCACAGUUUCCGAGCAUCGCAUGCUCUGCUACUGUCCCGAUGGCUACGAGGGUGAGCCCAGCAAGGAGUGCGUGCAGUUUGAGUGUCGCGAGGACGGCGACUGCGAGUCGAACAAACGCUGUGCCGAAGGCAAAUGCCGCAAUCCCUGCUUGGAGUACGGCGCCUGCGGCAUCAAUGCUCAGUGCCGUGUGGUCAAUCGCCAAGCGCAGUGCAGCUGCCCACCAGACUUCUUUGGUAAUCCCGCAAGCGAAUGCCAGCCCCUGGAUGGUGGCUGUGCCACCAAUCCCUGCGGCGUCAACUCCAAGUGCAUCGAACUGCCCGGCGGCUAUGAAUGCGCCUGCAUGGAUGGCUGCAUGGGUGAUGCCCGCAAGGGCUGCCUCUGCGAGGGAAAACUAGUGAAUGCCUGCCACGAGCAGCCCUGCGGCCUCAAUGCCGCCUGCCGUGUGCGCAACAACGAUCAGGCCGAGUGCUACUGCCCCGAUAACUUCCCCAACGGCGAUGCCUAUGUGCAAUGCUAUCUGACACCACCGCAAGAGGAUUGCCGCACCCACGGCUGUGAAGUGGGCGACUGUGUGCGUCAGGGCUAUGAUUAUGUCUGUCAGCAGGAAAUCGGUUGCGCCUCUAGCGAUGAAUGCCCAACACAACAGGCAUGCAUCAAUGCGCUCUGCGUGGAUCCUUGCUCCCUUGCUAAUCCCUGCGGACGCAGCGAAGAUUGUCGCAUCGUUGAUCAUCAACCUGUGUGUUCUAGAGCUACGGGUCGCACGCCUGGCUGUGAACAUUGUCCACCAGGCUCGAAUUGCGAUCCAACCACUGGCGCUUGUAUUAAAGUUGAAUGCGCGGACAACUCAGACUGUGGUAUAACUGAGGCUUGUAUCAAUGAGCGCUGCCAGCAUCCUUGCGAUGUGCAUGAUCCUUGUGCACAGAAUGCGGUUUGUAUUAAUGCCAAUCAUGCGGCCGAUUGCAGCUGCGCGGAUGGUUAUCAAGGCAAUGGCCUCGUUGGCUGCCAGCCAGCACGCACCCAUGUCUGCCAAUACAACGAGGACUGUCCGCCCAACAAGCUCUGCGAUCGCCUCAAUCGUCGCUGCAUCAAUCCCUGCCAGGAGGAUAGCUGCGGUGAAAACGCUGAGUGUGUGCCUGCCAAUCAUGGAAUCGACUGUCGCUGCUUGCCUGGCUACCAAGGCAAUGCCUAUGUGCUCUGCCAGCAAGCUCAGGGCUGUCGCGCCGACAGCGAAUGUGAUUCCAGCCAGGCCUGCAUCAAUGGCAAGUGCAGUUCGCCUUGUCAAUGUGGCGCCUUUGCUUUGUGCGAUGUAAUCAAUCAUCGUGGCGUCUGCAAGUGCCCGCCAGGCUACGCUGGUAAUCCACAGCUGAGCUGCAGUCCACCACAGAAUCCCUGUGAUCCCAAUCCUUGUGGCUUGAAUGCGCUCUGUGAGCUAGACAAUGGCAAUCCUAUUUGCUUCUGCCCCAAGGGACUCACUGGCAAUCCUUUCAAGAAUUGCAUACCCGAAGGCGAUGAAUGCACACCGAAUCCUUGUGGACCCAACUCUGGCUGUCGUCGCGUUGCUGGUGCACCCGUUUGCUUCUGCCUGCCUGAGUAUGAAGGACAACCGCCGCUUAUAGCCUGCGAGCUGCCUACAAAUCCUUGUGAGCCCUCGCCUUGUGGUCCCAACACUCAGUGCUCUGUGCUGAGCAAUGGCUUCUCCAAAUGUACUUGCCUGCCUGGCUAUGUUGAGAGUCCCAACACCAUACGCGGCUGCGUUGAGCCCAUCAAUCCAUGCGAGCCCAAUCCAUGCGGUGCGGGCGCUAUUUGCGACUCAUCGCGCGCACCUGUUUGCUAUUGCCCCGACAACAAGAUCGGCAAUCCCUUCAGAAGCUGCGACAAGCCAGCCGUUUCCAUUGAACUCUGCCAGCCUGGACCUUGUGGACGCAAUGCCGACUGCUAUGUGGCUGGCAAUCGUGAGGAAUGCUACUGCCGCUCUGGCUAUGUGGGUGAUGCCUAUCAGGGCUGCCGCGAGCCAAGUCGCACUGUUUGCGAUCCCAAUCCUUGUGGACCGAAUGCCAACUGCGUUGUAGCUGGCGAUGGACAAACCGCCUGUGUCUGCCCCGAUGGUCUGUCUGGUGAUCCAACCUCGUUAACAGGCUGCCAUGGCUAUGAAUGCCAAGUGGAUUCGGACUGUGCGCUGGAUAAGGCCUGCAUGGGAUAUCGCUGCUACGAUCCUUGUCCCGGCGCCUGUGGAUAUGGUGCCAAUUGUCGCGUUGACCAACAUCAUCCAGUCUGCUCCUGCAAUGCUGGACUUACUGGCAAUCCAGGCCUGCGCUGCUAUGCGCUGGAUCAACCCAAAGUGAAUCCCUGCGUGCCCAGUCCUUGUGGCCUGAAUAGCGAGUGCAAACUGCAAAAUAAUCGCGCUGUCUGCUCCUGUCUGCCUGGAUACCUCGGUGAUCCACAGUCCGGCUGCCAAGCCGAGUGCGACAUCAAUUCAGACUGCGGCGAUGCGUUGUCCUGCAUCAAUCAUCACUGCGUGGAUCCUUGCGCCGGCACCAUUUGCGGCAUCAAUGCCAUUUGCAAUGUGCGCCAGCAUACGCCAAUUUGUCACUGUUUGGAUGGCUUUGCCGGCGAUGCUUUCCUGCAAUGUGUGCCCGUGGGCAUACUCAAGAAUAUCUCUCGUGAUCCUUGCGUGCCGUCACCCUGCGGUCCCAACGAUGUCUGCUCUGUCUAUGGCGAUGGCGUCGCUUUGUGUGAUCCGUGCUUUGGACCAAAUGCGCAGCAGAAUCCGCGCUGUCGUCCCGAGUGCAUUGCCAACUCGGAUUGUCCCUUCGAUCGCGCCUGUUUGGGUCAACGCUGCUUGGAUCCUUGCCCCGGCUCCUGUGGCCGCAAUGCCAUUUGCAAUGUCUAUGAACAUAAUCCCGUCUGCACGUGCCCCACUGGACUUUAUGGUAAUCCCUACGAGCAAUGCGCGCCACCCUCGCCCAUUGUACCCACACCCACGCCCAGCUGUGCCAAGCUGCAAUGCGGUCCCAAUGCCGACUGCAAGCGUUUGAGUGGCGGCCUAGCCUGCGUCUGUCGCAAGGGCUACUUCGGCAAUCCACAGCUCGGCUGUCGUCCAGAGUGCGUGCUCAACAGCGACUGCUCUGCGGAUAAAUCCUGUGUCAACUCCAAGUGUGUCAGUGCCUGCGUCGGCGUCUGCGGCACCAAUGCCGUCUGUCGCGUAGUAAAUCACGCGCCUGUUUGCGUCUGCGCUGAGGGUUAUGCUGGCGAUGCCUUUGUGGCCUGUAAUCCAUUCUACUUGCCGCCUGUGGAUAGACGAAAUCCUUGUGAGCCCUCGCCCUGUGGUCCCAAUUCGCGUUGCUUGGCCUCACCCGAUGGCGCUGCCGCCUGCAGCUGCUUGCCUAACUUCAAGGGUGCGCCGCCUGUUUGCCAGCCCGAGUGUGUUGUCAGCUCUGAGUGUGCGCCCAGCCAGGCUUGCAUCAAUCAACGCUGCGCUGAUCCUUGCCCAGGCACCUGCGGCAUUGGCGCACGCUGUGAAGUGCUUAACCAUAAUCCGAUCUGCUCCUGUGAGUCUCAUUUCGAAGGUGAUCCAUUUGUGGCCUGCUCACCCAUAGCUGAGCCACCGCCAGAUGGCAAGUCACCAGCCAAUCCUUGUGUGCCAUCGCCCUGCGGUCCCAACUCCAUUUGCCAAAUCAAACAGAAUCGUCCAGUCUGCUCCUGCGUAGCCAACUACAUAGGCAGUCCGCCAUAUUGUCGCCCCGAGUGCACGCUUAGCAGCGAAUGCCCCGCCGACAAGGCCUGCAUACAAGAGAAGUGCCAGAACCCAUGUGCCAACACCUGUGGACACAAUGCACGUUGCACUGUCGUCGCGCACUCGGCGCACUGCAGCUGUGAUGCAGGCUUCGAAGGCGAUGCCUUCGUCGGCUGCUCCAAGGUUAUUGUGCAAAAACCACAAGAUCAGCUUAAUCCCUGCUAUCCAAAUCCAUGCGCUGAGAACGCCGUCUGCACGCCACAUAACAACGCCGCACGCUGCAGCUGCAUUGAGCCCUACUUUGGUGAUCCGUACAGCACUGGCUGUCGUCCAGAGUGCAUCUACAACUCGGAGUGCCCCUCUGCGUUGGCCUGCAUCAAGCAGCAUUGCCGCAAUCCCUGCACUGGCGCCUGCGGUCCCAAUGCCGAGUGUGCUGUCGUCAAUCAUUUGCCCACUUGCAGUUGCACGCGUGGCUUUGAAGGCGAUCCAUUUGUUGGCUGCAAGCGCACGCCCAUUGGACCUGUUAGCGUCUGUGAACCGAAUCCUUGUGGUCCCAAUAGCAUUUGUCGCACCGUCGAAGGACAUCCAACAUGCAGCUGCCAGGUCGGCUACUUUGGAGCACCACCCAGCUGUAAGCCAGAGUGCGUGGUGAGCUCGGAGUGCGCGCAGAAUCGCGCGUGCAUUAACCAGAAGUGUGCGGAUCCAUGUGCCGGCACCUGCGGCUUCAAUGCCAAGUGCCAGGUGAACAAUCAUAAUCCCAUCUGCACCUGUCCCAACGAAUAUGUCGGCGAUCCUUUCGAGCAAUGUGUGCCCAAACCUCCAGAACCACGUCCAGCUAUUAACCCAUGCCUGCCCAAUCCCUGCGGCCCCAAUGCCCAGUGCCGUGAUGUUAACAAUCGCGCUGAAUGCUCUUGCUUGGCCGGCAUGUUUGGCGCACCGCCCAACUGCCGUCCCGAGUGCGUCAUUAAUCAGGACUGCCCUUCGAAUCGCGCCUGCAUACGUCAGCGCUGCGAGGAUCCUUGCGUCGGCAGCUGCGGCUUCAAUGCUUUGUGUAGCACACAGCAUCAUCAGCCCAAGUGCAGUUGCCUUGACGGCUACGAGGGUGAUCCCUACACUGGUUGCAACAUGCAUCAAAUUGUGGUGCCAGAUAUCCCAGCUGAUCCAUGUUAUCCAUCACCAUGCGGUGCCAAUGCCAUUUGUCGCGAACGCAACGGUGCCGGCUCAUGCAGCUGCAUACAGAAUUACUUUGGUGAUCCAUACAUCAAUUGCCGCCCGGAGUGCGUGCAGAAUAGCGAUUGCGCUAUCAGCAAGGCCUGCAUUAAUAUGAAAUGUCGCGAUCCGUGCGUAAAUGCUUGUGGAUUCAAUGCAGUCUGUCGCGUUGCCCAUCAUCAGCCCGUGUGUAGCUGUGAGCCUGGAUUCUCCGGCAAUCCACUGCGCGCCUGCGUUGAACGUCCCUCAAAUAUGUACCUGCCCAUACCCAAAGACCCUUGCCGUCCCUCGCCCUGCGGUCUCUACAGCACUUGCCACGUGGUAGGCUCACGUCCUGUUUGCGCCUGUAUACCCGAGUAUAUGGGCAGUCCGCCCAACUGCAAGCCAGAGUGCGUCAUUAGCUCCGAGUGUGCUUCCGACUAAUGCCUGUCCAUAAAUCAACGUUGCUCCGCUCCCGGUACCUGUGGCUACAAUGCGCGCUGUCGCACCACCAACCACGCGCCCAUCUGCAGCUGCUACGAUGGCUACACCGGUGAUCCGUUCCAUCAGUGUCUUCCUGAAAGAAAGCCCUUGCCAGUGCCCGAUCCUAUAGUACCUGUUAAUCCCUGCGUGCCCUCGCCUUGUGGGCCCAACUCACAGUGUCAGGCCUCCAGCCAGGGUGCGGUCUGCGCCUGCUUGAAUAACUAUAUAGGCCGUCCGCCUGCCUGCCGUCCGGAGUGCAGCAUUAACUCUGAAUGUCCUGCGCGCAUGGCCUGCAUGAAUGCUCGCUGCGCUGAUCCUUGCAUUGGCUCCUGCGGCAACAAUGCGCUUUGCCAUGUCAGCUCACAUGCGCCCGUCUGCAUGUGCGAGCCUGGCUACUCGGGUGAUCCGUUCUCCGGUUGUUACAAGAUUAUAGAAACACCUAUAGAAAUCAUAAAGCCCUGUCGUCCCAGUCCUUGUGGCUUGAAUGCUUUGUGCGAGGAGCGCAAUCUUGCCGCUGCCUGCAAAUGCUUGCCCGAGUACUUUGGCGAUCCGUAUGUCGAGUGCCGACCCGAAUGUGUCAUCAACUCAGAUUGCCCCAAAUCACGCGCCUGUGUCAAUCAGAGAUGCGUUGAUCCCUGUCCCGGCAUGUGCGGUCAUAGCGCACUUUGCGCCGUGUUCAAUCAUGCGCCAAACUGCGAAUGCCUACCAGGCUACACAGGAAAUCCUAUCGUGGGCUGUCAUCUGCCUCCGGAAGAACCGCGUUAUCCCGAACCUAUUGCGCCUAUCGAUCCGUGUCAACCCUCGCCUUGCGGCUUAUACAGCAAUUGUCGUCCCUUAAAUGGACAUGCCGUCUGCUCGUGUGUGCCCAACUAUGUGGGUGCACCGCCCAACUGUCGACCCGAGUGCAUGAGCAGCUCGGAGUGCAGUCAGGAUAAGUCGUGCAUCAAUGAGCGCUGCAAAGAUCCUUGCCCGGGCACAUGUGGCAAUAAUGCGCUCUGUCGCGUCGUCAAUCACAAUCCCAUAUGUUCCUGCAGUCCUGGCUAUAGCGGCGAUCCUUUCGUGCGCUGCAUACCUCAAGAGAAACGCCCCAUCAUCAGAGAUCCGGUCAAUCCAUGUGUGCCCUCACCAUGUGGGCCCAACUCGCAGUGUCGGGUGUCGGCUAAUGAGCAGCCAGUCUGCUCAUGCUUGCAAUAUUAUGUGGGUAGGGCGCCAAAUUGCCGACCAGAGUGCACCUCGAACUCCGAGUGCGCUGGCAACUUGGCCUGCAUCAAUUUACGCUGCCAGGACCCAUGUGUGGGCACCUGCGGCAUUCAGACCACUUGCCUUGUAAAUAAUCAUCGACCCAUUUGCCGCUGCCUCGAUGGCUAUGCGGGUGAUCCAUUCUCAGAGUGUAGUCCGCAAAUUAUUGUGCCGCCUGAGAAGGCUGAACCCUGCAAUCCCAGCCCUUGUGGCGCCAAUGCCCUGUGCAAGGAACGCAACGGCGUUGGCUCCUGCACCUGCCUGCCCGAAUACAGCGGUGAUCCAUAUACCGAAUGCCGUCCGGAAUGUGUGCUAAAUAGCGAUUGCUCCAAAAAUCGCGCUUGCCUCAACAACAAAUGCCGAGAUCCGUGUCCCGGUGUCUGCGGCGUUGCUGCCGAAUGUCAUGUCAUCAAUCACUCUCCCAGCUGCAGUUGUCCCUCCGGAUUUACGGGCAAUCCUUCACAAUACUGUCGCGAGAUACCAAAAUUGGCGCCACCUGUGCAACCUUGCCAACCCUCUCCCUGCGGCCCUUACAGUCAAUGUCGCGAGGUGAACGAACACGCGGUCUGCUCAUGCAUAACCAACUAUGUUGGUGCUCCACCUGCUUGUCGUCCCGAGUGCUCGGUUAGCUCUGAGUGUUCGCAGGACAAUGCAUGCGUGAAUUUGCGUUGUGUAGAUCCUUGUCCCGGCACCUGCGGCAACGAGGCCAUUUGCAAGGUGACCAAUCAUAAUCCCAUCUGCUCCUGCCCAGCGGGCUAUAGCGGUGAUCCGUUUGUACGCUGCACUCUCUGGCAACCGGAGCCCGAGCAGCCCAAGUCCAAUGAGAACCCCUGUGUGCCCAGUCCCUGCGGUCCCAAUUCGCAAUGUCGUGUGGUAGGCGAGACGGGCGUCUGCUCUUGUCUGCCCAACUACAUUGGACGUGCGCCAAAUUGUCGCCCAGAAUGCACACAGAACUCGGAAUGUCCUGCCAAUUUGGCCUGCAUAAACGAACGCUGCAAGGAUCCUUGUCCAGGCAGUUGUGGCUUCAAUGCCUACUGCAACGUGGUGAAUCACUCGCCCGUCUGCAGCUGCGACAAUGGCUAUACAGGCGAUCCAUUUGCUGGCUGCAAUCCACAACCUGUGGCCAAGCCCGAAGAACGUCUGACUCCUUGCGUGCCCUCACCUUGUGGUCCCAAUGCCGAAUGCCGCGAGCGCAACGGCGCCGGCUCCUGCACCUGUUUGCCCGAGUAUUUCGGUGAUCCGUAUAGUGGUUGCCGGCCAGAGUGUGUGGUGAACAGUGAUUGCUCACGCGACAAGUCCUGCAUCAAUCAGAAAUGCGCGGAUCCAUGUCCGGGUGUUUGUGGUCUGCAUGCCGAAUGUCGCGUGUCUAAUCAUCUGCCCAGCUGCACUUGCUUGAGCGGCUUUACUGGAAAUCCUUCCAGUGCCUGCUACGAAAUUCCUCAACUACCACCAGCACCUGAGCGCGUUGAGAAUCCUUGUGUGCCCUCGCCUUGCGGUCCAUUUAGUCAGUGCCGUGAGAUAAACAAUCAUGCCGUCUGCUCUUGUCAGCCCAGCUUUGUGGGUUCUGCACCCAAUUGCCGACCCGAGUGUAUAGUCAGCUCGGACUGCGCACAAGAUCUCAAUUGUCAGAAUCAAAAGUGCGUGGACCCAUGUCCUGGCACCUGCGGCAUUGAGGCGCGUUGCCAGGUUAUUAAUCACUAUCCUGCAUGUUCCUGUGCCCCUGGCUAUACCGGAGAUCCCUUCAAUAGAUGCACGCGUAUUAUAUUGGAGCCCACACAACCCAAAGAUACUGGUAACCCCUGUGUGCCCUCACCCUGCGGACCCAACUCGAAAUGCGUCGAUGUGCGCGGCUCUCCUGCAUGCUCCUGCCUGCCCGACUACCUCGGCCGGCCGCCCAACUGCCGUCCCGAAUGCAUGAGCAGUCCCGAUUGCCCCGCCAACUUGGCCUGCGUUAAUCAGCGCUGUGCCAAUCCCUGCAUGGGUGCAUGUGGCACAAACUCGCAGUGCACGGUUAUCAAACAUAAUCCCAACUGCCAGUGCGUGCCGGGCUACACCGGAGAUCCUUUCUCCGGCUGCUCUAUCAUACCGCAAAUCACGCCCACUGAAUCGCCUAGGAAUCCUUGCAAUCCCAGUCCUUGUGGCGCCAACGCUGUUUGCCGUGAGCGCAAUGGCGCCGGUUCCUGCGCCUGCUUGCCGGAAUACUUUGGUGAUCCGUACAGCGGCUGCCGUCCGGAAUGUGUACAAAACGCCGACUGCGAUCGCUCCCGUGCCUGCAUCAACAACAAGUGCCAAGAUCCAUGUCCCGGUGUCUGCGGCAUCAAUGCCGAGUGCCGUGUGCUCAACCAUGCGCCCAACUGCAUGUGCUUCGAUGGCUACUCCGGUGAUCCGCAUCGCUCGUGCGCUUUGAUUGAGGUUGUGACACGUCGCCCCGAGAAUCCUUGCCAGCCUUCACCCUGCGGACCCAACAGCCAGUGCCAUGAUACAAACAGCCAUGCUGUCUGCAGCUGCGUCGAGGGAUACUUUGGAGCGCCACCCAACUGCAAGCCAGAGUGCGUGGUCAGCUCGGAGUGCGCACAGAAUCGCGCCUGCAUUAAUCAGAAGUGUGCGGAUCCUUGCCGUGGCGCCUGUGGCAACAAUGCCAAGUGCCAAGUGGUCAAUCACAAUCCGAUCUGCAGCUGUGUGCCUGGUAUGACUGGAGAUCCCAUCUCGGGUUGCGUACAGGAUGUGGGCAAGAGUACAGAGAAUCCUUGCGUGCCCUCGCCUUGUGGUCCCAACUCUAUUUGCCGUGAGAUUGGCCAACAGGCAGCUUGCUCUUGCCAGGCCAACUAUAUUGGCCGUCCGCCCAACUGUCGUCCGGAGUGCACCAACAAUGACGAGUGCCAGAAUCAUUUGUCCUGCCAGCAGGAACGCUGCGUCGAUCCCUGCCCCGGCUCUUGCGGCAGCAAUGCCAUUUGCCAGGUGGUGCAACACAAUGCGGUCUGCUCCUGCGCCGAUGGCUACGAGGGCGAUCCGCUCUUUGGCUGCCAGCUCAUGGUACCCGUGCUGCCCACCCAACCGCCUAGCUCACCAUGCGAACCCUCACCCUGUGGACCCCAUGCCGAGUGUCGCGAACGCAACGGCGCUGGCGCCUGCUACUGCCACGAAGGCUUCGAGGGCAAUCCGUACGAUGCGCAGCGCGGCUGCCGACGCGAGUGCGAGACCAACGAUGAGUGCAGUCCAGCUUUGGCCUGCGUGCGCUUCAAGUGCAUCGAUCCUUGUGCCAACAUGUGCGGCGAAUUUGCCAUUUGCAGCGUCGACAAUCAUGUGCCCACCUGCACCUGCCCCGACGGCUACAGCGGUGAUCCGUUCUUCAACUGUCGCCCUGUGCCAGUGACGCCACCGCCGCCCGUUAACCCAUGCUCGCCCUCGCCUUGUGGCCCCAACAGCAACUGCCGCAGCAUGAACAACCAGGCAGUCUGCUCAUGUCAGUCCGGCUUCGUCAAUCAGCCGCCUAACUGCCGCCCCGAAUGCGUCGUCAGUGCCGAGUGUGCGCCGGAACGCGCCUGCGUCAACAACAAGUGCGUCGAUCCUUGCCAGCAUACCUGCGGCAUUCGCGCCAUCUGCAGCACAAAGAAUCACAGUCCCAUUUGCACAUGUCCACGUGGCAUGACCGGCGAUCCGUUUGUCCAGUGCUCCAAGAUACCAAUUACCCACGUUGCUACAACACCGGAACCACCAGCACCUUCCUGCGUGCCUUCGCCAUGCGGUCCCAAUGCCAAGUGCCAGAUUGUUGGCGGCAGUCCGGCUUGCUCGUGUCUGCCUGACUUCAUUGGCGCACCGCCACGUUGUCGUCCGGAGUGUGUGCUGAACUCAGAGUGCGGACCCACUGAAGCUUGCAUCAAUCAGAAAUGUCGCGAUCCCUGCCCCGGCUCUUGUGGCUUUGAGGCCACGUGCCAUGUGCUCAAUCAUUUGCCCAUUUGCAAUUGCAUUGAAGGCUACACUGGCGAUCCGUUCAUACGCUGUAGCGAGCUGCCCGAAACAAGAGUUCCACCACGUCCCGACGAUCCCUGCAAUCCAGAUCCAUGUGGAGCCAAUGCCGACUGCUUCAAUGGCGAGUGUCGCUGCCAGAACAACUACCAGGGCAAUCCCCACGAGGGCUGCCGACCUGAGUGCACGCUCUCCGCCGACUGUCCACGUGACAAGUCCUGCAUGCGCAAUCGCUGCGUCGAUCCCUGCCCAGGCACCUGCGGCAACAAUGCCAUGUGCGAGGUGCUCAAUCAUAUACCAAUCUGCUCCUGCCAGCAAGGCUACGAGGGUGAUCCAUUCACCAACUGUCGCCUUAAGCCCGUCGAGCCUGAGCCCGAGGUAAAGGCCUGUCAGCCCACGCCCUGCGGCUCCAACAGUCAGUGCCGCGAUAUUAAUGGACAUGCUGUUUGCUCCUGCCUGGAUGGCUACAUUGGCGCUCCGCCUCAGUGCCGUCCCGAGUGUGUGGUGUCCAGCGAGUGCUCCGCUCUGCAAGCUUGUGUCAACAAGAAGUGCGUGGAUCCUUGUGCUGGCGCCUGUGGCAUCGAAGCACGCUGUGAGGUCAUUAAUCACAGCCCGAUCUGCGGCUGCCCGCCUGGACGCACUGGCGAUCCCUUCAAGGGCUGCGCCGAGAUCAUAACACCUAAGGAGGUCGAGCCAGAGCCACAGAAUCCGUGCCAGCCCUCGCCGUGCGGACCCAACUCCAUUUGCAAGGCAGACAACAACGGUCCCGUCUGCCAGUGCCUGCCCGAAUUCUUUGGCGCACCGCCCAACUGUCGCGUAGAGUGCAUCAUCAAUCCUGACUGCCCCUCGAACCAGGCAUGCAUCAACAACAAGUGCCGCGAUCCCUGCCCCGGCAGCUGUGGCACCAACUCCGAGUGCCGCGUCAUUGGCCAUUCCGUCUCCUGCUCCUGCCCACCCGGCUUUGCCGGCAAUGCCUUUGUGCAGUGCGUGGAGCAGCGUGAGGAACCACCCAAGCCAUGCCAGCCAUCACCAUGUGGCGCCAAUGCCGAGUGCAUUGAGCGCAAUGGCGCCGCUGCCUGCAAGUGCAUUGACGAAUACCAAGGCAAUCCCUACGAGGGCUGCCGACCGGAGUGCGUGCUCAGUUCGGACUGCCCCACAGACAAGACUUGCAUCAGAAACAAGUGCCAAGAUCCCUGCCCCGGCAUCUGCGGCUCCAAUGCCCAGUGCUAUGCCAUCAAUCAUGUGCCAAACUGCGUCUGCAACGAUGGCUACACUGGUGAUCCGUUCACCAACUGCCGCCGCGUCGAGCCCAGCACACCGCCACCUGCCGGCGAUCCUUGUCAACCAUCGCCCUGUGGCGCCAACAGCAAAUGCCGUGUGUCCAAUGGACUGGCUGUCUGCUCUUGCCUCGACACCUUUGUGGGAGCGCCACCCAACUGCAAACCAGAGUGUACAGUCAAUGCGGAGUGUGCCCAGAACAAGGCCUGCCACAAGUUCCGCUGCGCUAAUCCCUGCGCCGGCACCUGCGGCACAAAUGCCAAGUGCGAGGUCAUCAACCACAAUCCCAUCUGCAGUUGUCCACAGGACAUGACGGGCGAUCCAUUCGCCCGCUGUUAUCCAGCACCCACUGAGGUCGUGCCCAGCACCAAGGACACCAAGCAGCCCUGCCAGCCCUCGCCCUGUGGCCUCUACUCCGAGUGCCGCGUGCGUGCCGACCAAGCCAGCUGCAGCUGCCUGCCCAACUAUAUUGGCGCUCCACCCAACUGCCGUCCCGAGUGCGUGGUCAACACUGACUGCGCCUCGGAUCGCGCCUGCAUAGCCGAGAAGUGCCGCAAUCCUUGCGAAGGCUCCUGCGGCAUCAAUUCCGAGUGUCGCAUACAGAAUCAUCUGGCCAUAUGCACAUGCAGUGCUGGUCACACUGGCGAUCCCUUCGUGCAGUGCGUACAAAUUGUAGAGAAGACUACACAGCCACCGCUGACUUCACAGGAUCCUUGCGAGCUGCAGCCCUGCGGCGCCAAUGCUGAAUGCCAGAAUGGCAUCUGCAGCUGCCUGGCGGAAUAUCAAGGUGAUCCCUACACUGGCUGCCGUCCGGAGUGCACGCUCAGCACAGACUGUGCGCCCAACAAGGCUUGCUUGAACAAGAAGUGCGUCGAUCCCUGCCCUGGCACCUGCGGCCAGAACAGCCAAUGCGAUGUCUCCAAUCACAUACCCAUCUGCAGCUGCCUGCAAGGCUAUACGGGUGAUCCGUUUGUGCACUGCCGCCAGGAGGUGGCCGUAGCCAAGGAUCCCUGCCAGCCAAAUCCUUGUGGCCCCAACAGCUUGUGCCAUGUCUCCGCCCAGGGUGCAGUCUGCGCCUGUCAAGCCGGCAUGCUGGGCUCACCGCCCGCCUGCAAGCCCGAGUGCAUCGUCAGCUCGGAGUGCUCGCUCCAACAGGCCUGCAUACAGCGCAAGUGCGUCGAUCCCUGUCCAGGCGCUUGCGGUCAAUUCGCACGCUGCCAGGUGAUCAAUCACAAUCCGUCAUGCUCUUGUAAUUCGGGCUACACGGGUGAUCCGUUCACGCGCUGUCACGAACAGGAGCGAACCCCAGCACCCGUACCCACCGGCCAUCCGUGCUCACCCUCGCCUUGUGGUCCCAACUCCGAGUGCAAAGAGCUCAAUGGCAAUCCUGCCUGCUCCUGUGCUGCCAGCUUUAUUGGCACGCCACCAAGUUGCCGCCCUGAGUGCACCAUCAAUCCGGAAUGCGCACCCACCAAGGCUUGCAUACGGCAAAAGUGCGCUGAUCCUUGCGUGGGCGCCUGCGGCUUCAAUGCCCGCUGCUCCGUGGCCAAUCAUCAGCCCAUCUGCAAUUGCGACGUGGGAUACACUGGAGAUCCAUUCACUGGAUGUCAACCCGAACAAGAACGCAUAGUUAAUGAACAGGUAACACCCUGUGAGCCAAAUCCUUGCGGCUCGAAUGCUGUUUGCCGCGAACGCAGUGGCAUCGGCUCCUGCCAGUGCCUGCCUGACUACUUUGGCGAUCCCUAUCAAUCAUGCCGACCGGAGUGCGUGCGCAAUUCGGAUUGCCCUACAAACAAGGCCUGCCAGCAACAAAAAUGCCGCGAUCCCUGUCCAGGUACUUGCGGCACCAAUGCCGAUUGCCGCGUGACCAAUCAUCUGCCAACCUGCAACUGCCGCAGCGGCUACAUUGGCGAUCCCUAUCGCUACUGUCAGCUGGAACCACCACAACCUAUACGUCAAGCGGAGCCCACACAACCUUGUCGCCCCUCGCCCUGUGGACCCAACUCACAAUGCCGCGAGCUCAACGGCCAGGCCGUCUGCUCUUGCCUCGAACUCUACAUAGGCGCACCACCCAACUGUCGACCCGAGUGCGUGCUCAGCAGUGAGUGCGCCACUGAUCAAGCUUGCAUUAACCAACGUUGUUCGGAUCCUUGCCCCGGCAGCUGCGGCCUCAAUGCCGAGUGCCGUGUGCGCAAUCAUAGUCCACUCUGCCAAUGUCGUCGCGGUUACACAGGCGAUGCUUUUACGCGUUGCUUUGCCCUGCCACAGCCUACACCUGCGGUGCAGCUGGUGCAGCGUGAUCCCUGCGUGCCCACGCCUUGCGGUCUGAAUAGUCAGUGCCGCAACGUGCAGGGUGUGCCCAGCUGCAGUUGCCUGCCCGAGUAUAUGGGCAUGCCGCCCAAUUGCCGACCCGAGUGCACCAUUAGUGCGGAGUGCGCCUCCAGCAUGGCCUGCAUACGCGAAAAGUGUAUUGAUCCCUGUCCCGGCUCCUGUGGCUUUGCGGCCGUGUGUAAUGUGGUGAACCAUACACCCAUCUGCACUUGUCCCGCUGGCUACACAGGCGAUCCCUUCAGUAGUUGUCGCCUGGCGCCACCAGAACCUGUUCUAAAUGAAUAUGUGGAUCCUUGCCAACCCUCACCCUGCGGCGCCAAUGCGCAAUGCCGCGCUGGCGUCUGCAGUUGUCUGCCCGAGUACCAAGGUGAUCCCUACGCCGGCUGUCGUCCCGAGUGCGUGCUCAACACGGACUGUCCACGCGACAAGGCUUGUCUGCGCAGCAAGUGCGCCAAUCCCUGCCCAGGCACCUGUGGCGAGAAUGCCAUUUGCGAUGUCAUCAACCACAUACCCAUGUGUAGAUGUCCCGAUGGCACUGCAGGCAGCGCCUUUAUACGCUGUACUCCAGUACUUGCUCUUGUCACUACGAAUCCCUGCCAACCCUCGCCCUGCGGUCCGAACUCACAGUGCCGCGAGGUGAAUCAGCAGGCGGUUUGCAGCUGCCUGCCCAGUUACAUGGGUGCACCACCCAGCUGCCGACCCGAGUGUACUGCCAAUGCUGAGUGCGCGCCCACACAGGCGUGCCUCAAUCAACGUUGCGUUGAUCCUUGUCCAGGCACCUGUGGUGUGGGCGCCAACUGCGCUGUAGUGAAUCACAGUCCCUUCUGCACUUGCCCUGUCCGCUUCACAGGCAAUCCCUUCGUGCGUUGUCAGCCACAAAUUGAACCCGUGCGUGAACUACAGCCCACCGAUCCUUGUCGUCCCUCGCCUUGCGGCGCCUAUGCGCAAUGUCGCGCUAUAGGCGAAGCGCCUGCUUGCUCCUGCCUCGAAGGUUACAUCGGACGUCCGCCCAAUUGCCGACCCGAGUGCGUCACUAGCUCUGAUUGCUCUAGUCAACUGGCCUGCAUUCAACAAAAAUGCGCAGAUCCUUGUCCCGGACGCUGUGGCUCCAAUGCCGAGUGCCGUGUGGUCAGCCAUGCGGUGCAGUGCAUCUGCCAGCAAGGCUACAAUGGCGAUCCCUAUGUGCAAUGCAAUCCAGAGCAAGUGCGCGACAUGGAAGUACGCACGCCCUGUCAGCCAAGUCCUUGUGGCACCAAUGCAAUCUGUCGUGAACGCGAUGGCGCCGGCUCUUGUCAGUGUCUACCCGAUUACCACGGCAAUCCCUAUGAGGGCUGUCGUCCGGAGUGCGUGCUGGACUCGGACUGUCCAUCGCACAGAGCCUGCCAGCAGCAAAAGUGCCAGGAUCCUUGCCCGGGCACCUGUGGCCAAUUUGCCACUUGCCAAGUGGUGAAUCAUCUGCCCAGCUGCAACUGCCUGCCCGGCUACAUUGGUGAUCCGUAUCGCCUUUGUACGCAGCCAGCGGAACCUAUACCACAGCAGUACAGAGAUCCUUGCCAGCCCUCACCUUGUGGCCCCAACUCUCAAUGUCGCGUCGUUAAUGAACAAGCUGUCUGCAGCUGCUUGCCGCUUUAUUUGGGCGCACCACCCGCCUGUCGUCCCGAGUGCACCAUCUCCUCGGAGUGUGCCGCCGACAAGGCCUGCCUCAAUCAAAAGUGUGUCAAUCCCUGCACGCCCAGCAGCUGUGGCGACAAUGCCGCCUGUCGUGUGCGCAAUCACAGUCCCAGCUGCAGCUGCAAUGCCGGCUACACCGGUGACGCCUUCACCAGAUGUUAUCCCAUACCACCUCCGCCCAUUGAGAUACAACGCGAACCUCUGCGUGAUCCCUGCCUGCCCACGCCGUGUGGACCAAACUCCGAAUGCCGCAACAUCAAUGGCGUGCCUGCCUGCUCCUGCUUGCCUUCUUACAUAGGCCAAGCGCCCAACUGUCGCCCGGAGUGCACCAUCAAUGCGGAAUGUCCUAGUCAACAGGCGUGCAUUAAUCAACGCUGCCAGGAUCCUUGUCCAGGUGCCUGCGGCUUGAACGCCCAGUGCCAGGUCAACAAUCAUAUACCCAACUGCAUUUGCUUCGAGGGCUACCAAGGCAAUCCCUUCAUCAGCUGCCAGCCCAAGCCGCCGACGCCCACAACGCCACCCAUAGCCGAUGAUCCCUGCAAUCCAAGUCCCUGCGGCAGCAAUGCCAUUUGCUCCGGCAAUGGCCAAUGCGCCUGCAUAGCCGACUACCAAGGUGAUCCCUAUGUGGCUUGUCGUCCAGAAUGCGUGCUCAAUACGGAUUGCCAAACGAACCAAGCCUGUGUCAACAACAAAUGCAUCGAUCCUUGUCCAGGCACUUGUGGCGUCAAUGCGCUCUGCGAGGUGCGCAACCAUGUGCCCAUCUGCAGUUGUCCCAAUCAGAUGACGGGCAAUGCCUUCUUCGAGUGUCAUGCAGUGCCAGCGCCACCACCAGUCCAACCCUGCCAGCCCUCGCCCUGUGGACCCAACUCCCAGUGUCGUGUGGUGCAGCAGACAGCGGUAUGCUCUUGCCUGGUCAACUAUAUAGGCAGUCCACCAGCCUGCCGUCCAGAGUGCAUCACCAACUCGGACUGUGCCGCCCAUGAGGCCUGCCAGAACAUGAAGUGUCGCGAUCCCUGCCCGGGUAGCUGCGGCUUCAAUGCCCAGUGCCAUGUGAUCAACCACAGUCCACACUGCAGCUGCUCCGCCGGCCUCACAGGCAAUCCUUUCACUCGCUGCGAACAAAUGCCACAGCCAGAACGUGAUGUCACGCCAGUUAAUCCCUGCCAGCCUUCACCCUGUGGAGCCAACUCGGAAUGCCGCGUAAAUGGCAACUCUCCCAGCUGUUCCUGUCUACCAGAGUUCUUGGGUUCACCACCCAAUUGUCGACCCCAGUGCAUUUCCAACUCGGAGUGCCCAAGCAGUCAAGCCUGCGUCAAUCAAAAGUGCGUCGAUCCCUGCCCUGGACUCUGUGGUCUCAAUGCCAAUUGUCGCGUCUUCAGCCACACCGCCAUGUGCCUCUGCCAGGACGGCUACACGGGUGAUCCCUUCUCCCAGUGCAGUCCACAACGCGCGCAGCCCAUCGAGCAACUGCAGCCUUGUAAUCCCAGUCCCUGCGGCAUCAAUGCCAAGUGCGAGGCACGUGGCGAUGCCGGCAGCUGCACCUGCCUUCCCGAAUACUUUGGCAAUCCCUACGAGGGCUGCCGACCUGAGUGUGUGCAAAACUCAGACUGCCCAUCGAAUCGCGCUUGUGUCAAUCAAAAAUGCCGUGAUCCUUGUCCAGGCACUUGUGGUGCCAAUGCCGAAUGCCAGGUCAUCAGCCAUGUGGCCAUUUGCAAUUGCUUCAAUGGCUACAACGGUGAUCCGUACAGCAACUGUCGUCUAGUCGAAAACGAGCCACCCGAGCGCGUCUAUGUGAAUCCUUGCCAGCCUUCACCCUGUGGAGCCAACUCCCAAUGCCGCGAGAUUAAUCAGCAAGCGGUCUGCUCUUGUCUGCCCACCUACCUGGGUAGUCCACCUGCUUGCCGUCCCGAGUGCACCUCCAGCUCGGAGUGCGCCUCAGACAAGGCUUGCAUCAAUCGCAAGUGCGUCGAUCCGUGUCCCGGUGUUUGUGGUCAACAGGCCGAGUGCCGUGUACGUAAUCACAGUCCCAUCUGCACCUGUCUCAACGGCUAUACGGGUGAUGCCUUCACACGCUGUUAUCCAGUGCCGCCGCCCGCUAUUGUUAUUGAACGUGAGCCACUCGAUCCCUGCCUGCCCACGCCAUGUGGCGCCAAUUCCCAAUGCCGUAAUAUUCAAGGCGUGCCCAGCUGCAGCUGCUUGCCCAAUUAUCUCGGCACGCCGCCCAACUGUCGCCCCGAGUGCUCCAUCAAUGCCGAGUGUCCCAGUCAACAGGCUUGCAUCAAUCAACGUUGUCGCGAUCCCUGCGCCGGCGCCUGUGGACUCAACACCCAUUGCCAGGUCAUUAGUCAUACGCCCAACUGUCUCUGCAUUGCAGGCUACGAAGGCGAUCCCUUCAAUGUCUGCAAUCCACAGCCACCACAACGAAUUGAAGCUCCGCCUGCGCCUGUAGAUGCCUGCAAUCCCUCGCCUUGUGGCGCCAAUACCCAGUGCCAGAACGAACAGUGCAGCUGCCUGCCCGAAUACCAGGGUGAUCCUUAUGUAGGCUGCCGUCCCGAGUGUGUGCUCAACACAGACUGUGCCCGCGAUCGCGCUUGCGUGCGUCACAAGUGCGUCGAUCCCUGUCCCGGCAGCUGUGCCGGCAAUGCGCUCUGCGAAGUGCUAAACCACAUACCCAACUGUCGCUGCCCAGCUGGCAUGCAAGGCAAUGCCUUUAUCCAAUGCAGUCCACUGCCACAGCCCGAUGUGUCAUUGAACCCUUGCCAGCCCACGCCGUGCGGCCCCAACUCGCAGUGUCGUGUGCACAACCAGCAAGCCAUCUGCUCCUGCAUUACCAACUUUAUAGGCAGUCCACCCAACUGCCGUCCCGAGUGCAGCAGCAAUUCCGAGUGUCCACUGAAUCUCGCUUGUCUCAAUCAACGCUGCGCUGAUCCUUGUCCCGGCAGCUGUGGCUUCAAUGCACGCUGCCAUGUGGUAAACCACAGUCCCUAUUGUCGCUGCCUGGAGCGGCACAGCGGCAAUCCCUUCGUCAGCUGCCAGCCCAUCAUAGAACGUCCAGCACUGCCUGCUCCAGCGCCACGUCCUGCCUGCCAGCCCUCGCCCUGCGGUCCCUACGCUCAAUGUCGCGAGCUCAACUCGCAGCCCAGCUGCAGUUGUCUGCCUGACUACGUAGGCACGCCACCCAACUGUCGUCCGGAGUGUGUCAGCAGCUCGGAGUGUCCCAGUCAGCAAGCUUGCAUUAAUCAAAAGUGCCGUGAUCCCUGCCCAGGCCUUUGCGGACAAAGCGCCGAGUGUCGUGUGCUUUCCCAUACGCCAAGCUGUUUCUGCCCCGCUGGCCUGGAGGGCGAUCCUUUCGUGCAGUGCGUGCCCCGGCAAACCACACAGCUGGAUCAACUGGAUCCUUGCAAUCCUUCGCCCUGCGGUGCGCAUGCUCGCUGCACCGCACGCCAAGAUGCAGGCUCUUGCCAGUGCGUCGAGGGUUACUUCGGUAAUCCCUACGAGGGUUGUCGUCCCGAGUGCGUCUUGGACUCUGACUGCCCAUCAAAUCGCGCCUGCCAGCAGCUCAAGUGUCAGGAUCCCUGUCCAGGCAGCUGUGGUCUGCAAGCUCAAUGCCAGGUCAUCAACCAUGUGCCCAGCUGCAGUUGCCUGCCCGGCUACAGCGGUGAUCCCUACCGCAGCUGUCAACUGGAGCAAGAACCUAUCAAGCAGUAUGUAAAUCCCUGCCAGCCUUCACCCUGUGGCCCCAACUCUCAAUGCCGCGAGCUCAAUGAGCAAGCUGUCUGCUCCUGCCUGCCAGAGUAUGUGGGCGCACCGCCCGCUUGCCGUCCGGAGUGCACCAUCAACUCGGAGUGCGCCGCCGACAAGGCGUGCGUCAAUCAAAAGUGCAUUGAUCCUUGUCCAGGACGCUGUGGCGAACAGGCCAUGUGCCGCGUAGUCCAGCAUAGUCCCAUUUGCAGUUGUCGCGCUGGUUACACAGGCGAUGCCUUCGUUCGUUGCAUGCCCAUUCCGCCUGCUCCAACCGCGUUAGCGCCUGUGAUCCAGGCUGAUCCUUGCGUGCCCUCGCCUUGUGGCAACUAUGCCCAAUGUCACGCCAACUUCCAGCAAGCCAGCUGCAUCUGCUUGCCCGGCUACCUAGGCGCUCCGCCCAACUGCCGUGCCGAGUGUCGCAUCAACUCCGACUGUGCCAGCAGCCAGGCCUGCAUCAAUGAGCAUUGCCGUGAUCCCUGCCCAGGCAGCUGCGGUCUCCAAGCCCAAUGCCAGGUGCUCAAUCAUGUGCCUAGCUGCAGUUGUCUGCCUGGCUACACUGGCGAUCCGUUCAGCUACUGCCAGCCAGAGCCGCCAGCCAAACCGCCCGUUGCCGACGAUCCCUGCAAUCCCUCGCCCUGUGGCGCCAAUGCCAAGUGUUUGAAUGGCCAAUGCAGCUGCCUGCCCGAGUACCAAGGCGAUCCCUACGUGGGCUGUCGUCCCGAGUGUCUCAGCAGCGCGGACUGUCCGCGUGAUCGCGCCUGCAUGCAGCAAAAGUGCCGCGAUCCUUGUCCAGGCACCUGUGCUCCCAAUGCCCAGUGCCAGGUGCUCAAUCACAUACCCAUGUGCAGUUGUCCAGCUGGCUAUACCGGCAAUGCCUUCCUGCUCUGCCAGCCCAUACCAGCGCCAGUUGUCAUCCAACCUUGCCAGCCCUCGCCCUGUGGACCAAACUCCCAGUGCCGCGAGCUCAAUGAGCAAGCAGUCUGCAGUUGUCUGCCCAGUUACAUGGGCGUGCCACCGCUUUGUCGUCCGGAGUGCACCAGCAAUUCAGAGUGUGCCGCUCAUCUGGCGUGCAUGAAUCAACGUUGCGUGGAUCCCUGUCCCGGCAGCUGCGGACGCAGCGCUCAGUGCAAUGUGCUUCAACAUAAGCCCUACUGCAGUUGCUUGCCCCAUCAUACGGGCAAUCCGUUUGUAGGCUGCCAACAGAUCAUCGAGCCACCGCAACGGGAUGUUCAGCCGCAGGAUCCUUGUCGUCCAUCGCCUUGUGGACCGAAUGCGCAGUGCCAGGCGCAGGGUGAAACUCCCGCCUGCACUUGCCUGCCGGAGUUCAUAGGCGCGCCGCCCAACUGUCGUCCGGAGUGUGUGUCCAGUUCGGAGUGUGCUAGCAAUCUGGCCUGCAUCAAUCAAAAGUGCGUCGAUCCCUGCCCCGGCAGCUGUGCCUCCAAUGCCAACUGCCGUGUAGUCUCGCAUACGCCGCAAUGCAGUUGCCCGCCCGGACUAAUCGGCGAUGCGUAUGCGCAAUGUUCGCCAGUGGAGCAACAAGUGGAAGUGAUUAAUCCUUGCCAGCCCUCGCCUUGCGGCGCCAAUGCGCAGUGCAUACAACGUCAAGGCGCCGGCGCCUGUCAAUGUCUACCCGAGUUCUUCGGCAAUCCCUACGAGGGCUGCCGACCCGAAUGUUUGCUUAACUCGGAUUGUCCAUCGAAUCGCGCGUGUGUCAACCAAAAGUGCCGUGAUCCCUGCCCAGGCAGCUGUGGCGCCAAUGCUGAGUGCAAUGUGCUCAACCAUGCGCCGCUCUGCUCCUGCUUCGCUGGAUACACUGGAGACCCUUAUAGCUAUUGCAGUCAACCGCCAGCACCAAUUGUUCAUGAGUAUGUGAACCCCUGUCUGCCCUCGCCCUGUGGCCCCAACGCUCAGUGCCGCGAGGUUAACCAGCAGGGCGUCUGCUCCUGCCUGCCCGACUACCUAGGCGCCCCACCCGCCUGUCGGCCCGAGUGCACCACCAGCGCUGAGUGCCCCACCCACCUGGCUUGCAUCAACCGCAAGUGCGCUGAUCCUUGUCCAGGUGUGUGUGGUCAGCAGGCUGAAUGUCGCGUGCGUCAACACAGUCCUCUUUGCUAUUGCCCCGCUCCACUCGUUGGAGACCCCUUCGUGCAUUGUCUACCACCCCCGCCUAUGCCCCAACGCGACGUCGUACCGACCCCCAUCAAUCCCUGCCUGCCCUCGCCCUGCGGCUCGUUUGCCAGCUGUCGCGCACAGCUGGAUCAGGCCAUAUGCGCCUGUCUGCCCAACUAUUUCGGCCGUCCACCCAACUGUCGUCCCGAAUGCGCGCUCAACUCGGAUUGCCCCUCGCAUCUGGCUUGCCUCAAUCAACGUUGUCGCGAUCCCUGUCCCGGCAGCUGUGGCUUCAAUGCCCAGUGCCAGGUCGUUAACCACAUUCCCAGCUGUCUCUGCCUGCCAGGCUAUGUGGGCGAUGCUUUCAGCCACUGCCAGCCAAAGCCACCCCCGCCUGUUAUUGCCCAAGAUAUUGAGAUCGACGCCUGUCUGCCCAGUCCCUGCGGCAGCAAUGCCGAGUGCUACAACAAUGGCCAAUGCCGCUGCCUGUCUAACUACCAAGGAGAUCCCUAUGUGGCCUGUCGUCCGGAAUGCGUGCUGAGCACAGAGUGUGCCUCGCACUUGUCCUGCAUCAAUCAGAAGUGCGUUGAUCCUUGCCCUGGCAGUUGUGCUGCCAAUGCUCACUGCCAGGUUGUCAACCACAUAGCCAUGUGCACCUGUCCAGCUGGCUAUACGGGCAAUGCUCUGUUGCAGUGCAGCAUCUUGCAAAUGCAAGUUGAAGUCUAUCGCAAUCCCUGCCUGCCCUCGCCCUGUGGACCCAACGCUCAAUGCCGCGAGCAGCACGGCCAGGCCGUCUGCAGCUGCUUGCCCAGCUACAUCGGCGUACCCCCCGCCUGUCGUCCCGAGUGCAGCAACAACUACGACUGCCCACCCAGCUUAGCCUGUCAGCAACAGCGCUGCGUCGAUCCCUGUCCUGGAGCUUGUGGCGCCUAUGCCACUUGUCGUGUUAUCAACCACAGUCCGCACUGCAGUUGCCAUCCUGGCUAUACAGGCAAUCCCUUCCUGCAAUGCCGUCUACAACUGAAUGAACCAGUGCCUGCCGCCAAUCCCUGCCUGCCCUCACCCUGUGGACCCAAUUCGCAGUGCCGUGAUGAGCAGGGACAAGCUGUUUGCAGCUGCCUGCCUGACUACCUGGGCACGCCGCCUUAUUGUCAUCCCGAGUGUCUAACCAAUGCGGACUGCAGCUCAUCGCAAAUUUGCCAGCAGCAACACUGCCGUGAUCCCUGUCCUGGUCUCUGUGGCACUCAAGCCUUGUGUCGCGUGCUUAGCCAUGUGGCCAUGUGCUACUGCCAGCCAGGCUAUCAAGGUGAUCCCUACGUGCGUUGCGCUCCAGUGCCACAACAGUUGCCACCCGAACCCACCGAUCCCUGCCAGCCAAGUCCUUGCGGCAGUUUCGCCGUCUGCCUGCGUCAAGGCAGCAUUGGCGCCUGUCAGUGCCUCCCCGAGUAUUAUGGUAAUCCCUACGAGUCUUGUCGUCCCGAGUGCGUGCUCAAUGCAGAUUGCCCCUCGAAUCUCGCGUGUGUCAAUCAAAAGUGUCGCGAUCCCUGUCCAGGCAGCUGUGGCGCCUAUGCCGAGUGCUAUGUGCGCCAGAAUCUGCCCAGCUGCAGUUGCCUGCCAGGCUACCAGGGUGAUCCCUAUAGCUACUGCCGUCCCCAGCCCAAACCGCAACUUGACUACGUCGAUCCCUGCCAGCCCUCGCCCUGCGGCCCCAACUCCCAGUGCCAGCAGCAUGAUCAGCAAGCUGUCUGCUCCUGCCUGCCGGAGUUUGUAGGCCAGCCGCCCGCCUGUCGUCCCGAGUGCACGCUCUCCACGGAGUGUCCACUGGACAAGUCUUGCGUGCGUCACAAGUGCGUCGAUCCCUGUCCAGGUGCCUGUGGCGAGCAUGCUCUGUGCCGCGCCAGCAAUCACGCUCCUAUCUGCUAUUGCCAGCCAGACUACACGGGUGAUCCGUUCACCCAGUGCUAUCCCCAACCGCCUGCACCACUGCAGCUUUUUGAGCCACCGCAGCCUAAUCCCUGCCAGCCUUCACCCUGUGGCGCCAAUGCGCAGUGUCGCGAGUUCAAUGGAGGUGCUAUCUGCAGCUGCCUGCCGAACUACAUAGGUGCACCCCCAGCCUGCCGACCCGAGUGCAUCAGCCAUGCCGAAUGCCCUGCACACUUGGCCUGCCUCAAUCAGCACUGCUUGGAUCCUUGUCCCGGCAGCUGCGGCUUCAAUGCCCAGUGCGCUGUGCGCCAACAUGUGCCCAACUGCCAGUGUCCAGUCGGAUACACCGGAGAUCCCUUCAAUGUGUGUUAUGUCCAGCCCAAGCCAGUUGAACCCAUUAAACAUGAUGAUCCUUGCCAGCCCUCGCCUUGUGGCGCCAAUGCCAAUUGCUUGAAUGGAGUAUGCAGCUGCAUAGCCGAUUAUCAAGGUGAUCCCUAUGUCGGCUGUCGUCCCGAGUGUGUGCUCAAUGAGGAUUGUCCAAGAGAUCGCGCUUGCAUCAAUCAGAAAUGUCGCGAUCCUUGUCCCGGCAGCUGUGCACCCAAUGCCCACUGCCAGGUGCUUAACCAUGUGGCCAACUGUCGCUGUCCCGCCGGCAUGAUAGGCAAUGCUUUCAUACAAUGCGAACCACCUGCUCCAACUCCCACGCCCAUUGCUGUAAAUCCCUGCCAGCCUUCGCCUUGUGGCGCGAACAGUCGCUGCCGCGUCAUUAACGACAAUGCAGUCUGCACUUGUCUGGAGCAGUUUGUGGGCACGCCGCCCAACUGUCGUCCGGAGUGCACACGCAACUCUGACUGCCUGCCCAGCUUGGCUUGUCAGCAGCUGCACUGCAUCGAUCCCUGUCCAGGCGCCUGUGGCUUCAAUGCGCUAUGCCAAGUGCAUAACCAUCAGCCCCGCUGUAGUUGCGCCAGCCCGCUAAGAGGCAAUCCCUAUCUGGGCUGCCUGCCCACGCCAAUUGCACCACCUCAAAGGGAUGUAGUGCAGCCUUGCUCACCCUCACCCUGUGGCGCCUACGCCGAGUGCCGCGCAGUGGGUGAACAAGCCCAAUGCAGCUGCCUCGCUGGCUACAUAGGCACGCCGCCAAGCUGUCGCCCCGAGUGCAUCCACAAUACAGACUGCGCUUCCCACUUGGUUUGCCAGCAGCAGCACUGCCGCGAUCCUUGCCCAGGCGUCUGUGGCUUAAACGCGCAAUGUCGUGUGCUCAGCCAUGUGAGCAUGUGCAGCUGUCUGCCUGGAUAUACGGGUGAUCCCUACAGCAGCUGCCAGCAAGUAACUAUACAGCAGCUGGAGGCACCCGCUCAUCCCUGCCAUCCAAAUCCUUGUGGCGCCAAUGCCAUCUGUCAUCAGCAUGGUCAAGUCGGCAGCUGUCAGUGUCUGCCCGAGUACUUUGGCAAUCCCUAUGAGGGUUGUCGUCCCGAAUGCGUGCUCAACUCGGAUUGUCCUUCGGACAAGUCGUGUCAGCAGUUCAAAUGCCGCGAUCCCUGUCCAGGUGUCUGUGGUCUGAACGCUCAAUGUCGUGUGCUCAGUCAUCUGCCCAGUUGUCAAUGCUUGCAGGGCUACAUAGGUGAUCCCUAUAGCUACUGCCAGCGUCCAGAGCAACCUAUUGUGCGCGAUUACGUCGAUCCCUGCCAGCCCUCACCAUGUGGACCCAACUCCCAGUGUCAGCAGCAAGGCUAUAACGCCCAGUGCACUUGUCUGUCUGGCUACAUAGGCAGUCCACCCAAUUGUCGUCCCGAAUGCAUCAGCAGCCCCGAAUGCGCUUUGGACAAGGCUUGUCUCAAUCAAAAGUGCAUUGAUCCCUGUCCAGGUGUCUGUGGCUUGAAUGCCCAGUGCCGCGUCCUUCAGCACAGCGCCAUCUGCAGUUGUGCUCCAGGCUAUACAGGUGAUGCCUUCAGUCGCUGCUUUGCCUUGCCGCCACCCGCGCCGCCUGCUCGAGAUGUCUCACUCAAUCCUUGCCUGCCCUCACCCUGUGGCGCCUACGCCGAAUGUCGCGCUCAGUGGGAUCAAGCUAUCUGCACUUGCCUGCCCAAUUACUUUGGUCGUCCACCCAACUGUCAUCCCGAGUGUGUGAGCAACUCUGAGUGUGCCUCCCACUUGGCCUGCAUCAAUCAACGUUGUCGUGAUCCGUGCCCCGGCGCUUGUGGCUUUAAUGCCCAGUGCCGUGUGCAGCAGCAUGUGCCCAGCUGUUAUUGUCUACCCGGACUAACAGGCAAUCCCUUCCAGGCCUGCCAAGCGCCGCCGCCACCAUCGCCAGUUAAGCAAGCUGAAGAUCCUUGCAAUCCUUCGCCCUGUGGCGCCAAUGCUCAGUGUCUGAAUGGAAAGUGCAGCUGCCUGCCCGAGUUCCAAGGCAAUGCAUACAUAGGUUGCCGUCCCGAGUGUCUACUUAGCACAGAGUGCGCAUCGGAUCGCGCCUGUAUCAACUUCAAGUGCGUGGAUCCUUGCCCAGGCAGCUGUGCCUCCAAUGCCCAGUGCCAAGUGCUUAACCACGUGGCCAACUGUCGCUGCCCCGCUGGCAUGACAGGCAACGCUUUAGUCCAAUGCCUGCCAGUGCCACCCAAGCCCACGCCCUUCAUCUACACUGAUCCUUGCCAGCCUUCGCCUUGCGGACCAAACGCAUUCUGCCGCAGCAUCAAUAACCAAGCGGUGUGCAGCUGCUUGCCCAGUUAUGUGGGCGUGCCGCCUGCUUGUCGCCCUGAAUGCUCCAGCAACGAGGAGUGCCCACUGCACUUGGCCUGUCUGCAGCAAAAGUGUCGCGAUCCGUGUCCAGGCGCCUGUGGCUUCAAUGCCCAGUGCCUGGUGCGUCAGCAUCGUCCGCAGUGUCGCUGCUUGAGCGCUGCCUACACGGGUAAUCCCUACAUAGCCUGUCAACUGCCACCACCAGCUCCGAUCGUACGCCAGGACAGCAAUCCUUGCCAGCCUUCACCCUGUGGUGCCAAUGCCCAGUGUCGUCAAGUCGCUGAGCAAGCGCAGUGCAGUUGCCUGCCUGGUUACAUAGGCUCACCACCGUUCUGUCGUCCGGAGUGUGUCAGCUCCGCGGAGUGUCCAAGCCAUUUGGCUUGUCUGGAGCAAAAGUGUCGCGAUCCCUGUCCCGGUUUCUGUGGCCUCCAAGCGCAGUGCCAUGUCUCCAAUCAUUUGGCCCGCUGCACCUGCGAUGUUGGUUACACGGGCAAUCCUUACGUCAGCUGCGCCGCAGUGCCUCAGCGAGAUGUCGUAGUGGCGCAGCCUAAUCCAUGCCAGCCCAAUCCAUGUGGCGCCAAUGCCAUUUGCCAGGGCGCCGGCGUCUGUUUCUGUCUGCCCAACUUCUACGGCAAUCCCUUCGAGGGUUGCCGUCCGGAAUGCGUGCUCAACUCGGAUUGCCCCUCCCACCUGGCCUGCCUUAACCAACAUUGCCGCGAUCCCUGCCCAGGCAGCUGUGCCGCCAAUGCCUAUUGCCAAGUGCAACAGCACUUGCCACAAUGUCACUGCCACGUCGGCUACGAAGGCAAUCCCUAUAGCCACUGCAGUCCACGUCGUGAAAUCCAACAUGAACCUGUGCCCACUAAUCCCUGCCAGCCUAGUCCUUGUGGCGCCAACUCCCAAUGCCAUGCAGCCAACCAGCAAGCCAUCUGCAGCUGCCUGCCCAACUUUAUAGGCGCUCCACCCGCUUGUCGUCCCGAGUGCACCAUCAACUCCGAAUGCGCGUUGGACAAGGCUUGCCUGCAGCAACGCUGCGUGGAUCCUUGUCCUGGUUUGUGUGGCACCAAUGCGCAGUGUCGCGUCUGGAGUCACAGUCCGCAUUGUCAUUGUUUGCCCGGCUUCACCGGAGAUGCCUUCACAGCCUGUCGUACCAUACCCGCUCCCAUCAUCAGCUAUGAAGCUCCUCGCAAUCCCUGCCAGCCCUCGCCCUGUGGCAACUAUGCGCGUUGUCAAGCUAACGCAGAUCAGGCCAUUUGCACCUGUCUGCCUGGCUACUAUGGCGCACCUCCCUACUGUCAGCCCGAGUGCGUCUUGAACUCGGAUUGCGCUCCACACUUGGCUUGCUUAAAUGAAAAGUGUCGAGAUCCCUGCCCUGGCAGCUGUGGCUUCAAUGCUCUCUGCCAGGUCAUCAAUCACACGCCCAGCUGCAGCUGCCCCUUGGGCUACCAAGGCAAUCCCUUUGCCAGCUGCCAGCCCACUCCAGCCCAGACACUGCCCGCCGUACGCAACGCCUGCAAUCCCUCACCCUGCGGCGCCAAUGCCAAGUGCUUCAAUGGUCAAUGCAGUUGUCUACCCGAGUUCCAGGGCAAUGCCUACAUAGGCUGCCGUCCCGAGUGCGUGCUCAACACGGACUGCCCCAGAGAUCGCGCCUGCCAGCGCAACAAGUGCGUCGAUCCUUGUGUCAACGAUUGUGGUGUGGGCGCCCACUGUGCGGUGCGUCAGCAUGUGCCACUCUGCAGCUGCCCCGCCGGCAGCAGCGGCAAUGCCUUCAUACAAUGCACCCACAUACAAACUGAUCUAGUAGUAGUCACGAAUCCCUGCCAGCCCUCGCCUUGUGGUGCCAAUGCUCAGUGCCUGGAGCGCAGCGGCAAUGCCAUCUGUUCCUGCCUGCCUGGCUAUUACGGCAGCCCACCCAGCUGUCGUCCGGAAUGCAGCAUCAACUCGGACUGCGCUCCACAUCUCGCCUGCCUGAAUCAACAUUGUCGCGAUCCCUGUCCCGGCGCCUGUGGCCAGCAGGCUUAUUGCCAGGUCAUCAGACAUGCUCCGCAUUGCAGCUGCUUGCCCGGAUUCACUGGCAAUGCCUACAGUCUCUGCCAGCGUCUGCCUCCGCCUGUGAUACAACAAGAGCCGCUUAAUCCGUGUCAGCCUUCACCUUGUGGCGCCAAUGCACAGUGUCGUCAAGUAGGCGACCAAGCGCAGUGCAGUUGCCUGCCGGAUUAUAUAGGCACGCCACCCAACUGUCGUCCGGAGUGUCUUAGCUCAUCGGAGUGCGCCAGCCACUUGGCUUGCCUCAACGAAAAGUGUCGCGAUCCUUGUCCUGGCAUCUGCGGCGAGUCCGCCAACUGCCAGGUGCUUAGCCACGUGCCCAGCUGCGUCUGCAUUGGCGACUACAUAGGUAAUCCCUAUACGCGUUGCUAUCCACGACCAGCCAUAGUGCAGCUGGAGCAAGUCAAUCCCUGCCUGCCCAAUCCUUGUGGCAGCUACGCGCACUGUCUGGUGCGUGGCCAAGCUGCCACCUGUCAGUGCCUGCCGGACUACUACGGCAAUCCCUAUGUAGGCUGCCGUCCCGAAUGCGUACUCAACUCGGAUUGCCCCUCCCAUCUGGCCUGCCUCAAUCAACAUUGCGUCGAUCCCUGUCCUGGCAGCUGUGGCGUCAAUGCCCUUUGCCAGGUCAUCCAACAUGUGCCCAGCUGUAGCUGCUAUCCCAACUACCAAGGUGACCCCUAUCGCCAUUGCCAGCUGCAACCUGUCCCUGCCCCUGUUGUUGUCUACUCCAAUCCCUGUCAGCCCACACCCUGCGGUCCCAACUCCGCUUGCAGCGUCACCGACGCUCAAGCCGUUUGCCGCUGCCUGCCUGAAUACUACGGUACGCCUCCCGCCUGCCGUCCCCAGUGCAGCAGCAAUCCCGAGUGUCCCAGCCACUUGGCUUGCAUAAAUCAAAAGUGUCAAGAUCCUUGUCCUGGCGCCUGUGGUGCCAAUGCUAUUUGCCAGGCCAGACAGUAUCGCGCUCAGUGCAGCUGUCCGCCUGGCUAUGUGGGCAAUGCCUUCACUCAAUGUCUGCCCCAAGCCCAAGACCCGCCACAAGCCAUUCGAGUCAUCGAUCCCUGCUUGCCCUCGCCUUGCGGCAACUACGCUCAGUGUCGCCGUCAGCAGGAUCAGGCGCUUUGCAGCUGUCUGCCUGGCUACUAUGGCACUCCGCCUUAUUGUAAGCCGGAGUGCGUGGCCAGCUCAGACUGUCCCAUGCACUUGGCUUGCCUCAAUCAACAUUGCCGCGAUCCUUGCCCCGGCGCUUGCGGCUUGUUGGCUCAAUGCACCGUUUGGCAACAUACGCCACGCUGCAGUUGUCCACAAGGUUAUAUGGGCGAUGCCUAUCAUCUUGCUAUUCCACCGCCACCACCCACGCCCACUCCUAUUGCUGCUGAGGAUCCUUGCCACCCUUCACCUUGUGGCGCCAACGCUCAGUGCUCUCAAGGCGUCUGCAGCUGUCUUCCGCUCUAUCACGGCAAUCCCUACGAGGGUUGUCGCCCCGAGUGCGUGCUCAGCACUGAGUGUGCGCAGCAUCAAAGCUGCGUGCGCAAUCGCUGUGUCGACGCCUGUCCCGGCAGUUGUGCAUCCAAUGCUCACUGCCAGGCGCUCAAUCAUGUAGCCAGCUGUCGCUGUCCCAUCGGCAUGAGCGGCAAUCCGCAUGUGCUCUGCCAGGCGCCACCGCCACUUAGAGCUGAACCAGCGCCCGUUCUUCGACCUUGUCUGCCCAAUCCUUGUGGCGCCAAUGCGCGCUGCCAUGAGCAGGGCCAACAAGCUGUCUGCAGCUGCUUGCCCGGCUACUUAGGCAGUCCACCCGCCUGUAGACCUGAGUGCACUACUCAGUCUGAGUGUCCAUUGCAUCUCUCAUGCAUUAAUCAGCGCUGCAGAGAUCCCUGUCCAGGUGCUUGUGGCAUGCAAGCGCGCUGUCAGGUGGUGAAUCAUGCACCGCAGUGUUAUUGCAACCCUGGCUAUACAGGCAGUCCCUAUGUGCAGUGUGAACCACUGGCCAUAGCUAUAGUACAGCAACAGCCAGUGGAUCCUUGUUCACCCACACCCUGUGGAGCACAUGCUCAGUGCAGCAGCGAAGCAGGCGUAGCCACUUGUCGCUGUCUGCCUGAAUAUGUAGGAUUGCCACCUUAUUGUCGUCCCGAGUGUGUGGCCAACUCUGAGUGCGCUGAUCACUUGGCCUGCAUCAAUCGUAAGUGUCGCGAUCCUUGCCCUGGAGUCUGUGGCUUCAAUGCGCUUUGUCGGAGCUACAACCAUCGCGCCGACUGCGUUUGUGCGCCAGGUCUAAUAGGCAAUCCCUAUAGCGCCUGUCAGCCACCUGCACCACCGCCAGUCACUUCGCCCGCACCCACAGCCAUACAAACGCUACUCUAUGAGCCGCCAGCCUCUAAUCCCUGCCUGCCCAGCCCUUGCGGCAGCAAUGCCGUUUGUAAUCUGGGCAGCUGCAGCUGCUUGCCCGACUACUAUGGCAAUCCCUAUGAGGCUUGUCGUCCCGAAUGCGUGCUCAACUCGGAUUGCCCCUCGUACUUGGCUUGUCAGAAUCAACGCUGUCGCGAUCCUUGUCCCGGCAUCUGUGGCAACAAUGCUCAGUGCCAGGUGCUGCAGCACUUGCCGCAGUGCAGCUGCUUUGCUGGCUAUACAGGCAAUGCCUGGACACAUUGCGCACCACUGCCGCCACCACCCACAGCUAUUGUGCAGCAAGAAUGUAAGCCUCAACCUAGUGCCCAAUCCAACGCUUGUCUAAAUUCCCUUUACCCUUCAGCGCCUACAGUUGAUCCCUGCACGCCUAGUCCUUGUGGUCCCAAUGCACAGUGCCGCGUUCCCGAUCAGCAGCAGCCGCAGGCAAUUUGCCACUGCCUGCCUGAAUUUGUGGGUGAACCGCCAUAUUGUCGCCCGGAGUGCACGCUCAACUCGGAGUGUUCACUCGAUCGCGCGUGUGUUAAUCGUAAGUGUCGCGAUCCCUGCCCGGGCGCUUGUAGUCAGCUUGCUCAAUGUCAUGUGCAGCACCACAAUCCCAACUGCUAUUGUCCACCUGGAUAUACGGGUAAUCCAUCAACGCGUUGCUACGAGAGUCCUAAACGUAAGCUUGUAAUUUCCGUGCCCAGUGUUGCCUUUUCUAACGUCACCUUGCCCCAUUUAGCUGCCACCGUUGCUCCUAUCUAUGAUACAGCACCGCCACCCUACCCGAUUGCUAUUCCUGGCAUAGUGUACAUACCCUCUGCUCCUGCCUACGCACCACCCACACCGAUUAUUGUAAACAGGCCGCUAACUACGCCAACACAACAACCCAUAGCAGGAAUCGUCAAUGUUCCAUCAUAUCCACAACCUGUUCAACCGACCACACCACCACCGCUUUAUAAUGUCAAUUAUCCGAUACCGGCUCCAACGCCAAUAGCAGGAAUCGUCAACAUACCACAACCAGCACCUACAGCCUGGCGUUGUAAUAUCCUCAUCAGCACAGCACAAUACAACUCUGCACCAUCAGUUGUCAACCAGGCGUUAUCAAUAUUCCAUCUGUACCACAACCCACACAGCCAACUUCUCCACCAUCAGUUGUUUACCAGGAAAGCUUAUCCAACGCCCUCAACACCACCGCAACCAGGCGUUAUCAAUAUUUCCUUCACAACCACAACCCAACGCCAGCAACAACCAGGCGUUAUCAAUAUUCCUUCACAACCACAACCCACACAUCCAACCUCGGCACCGCCAGUUGUAUAUCACGAAAGCUAUCCGACCCCGUCAACACCACCGCAACUUGGCGUCAUUAAUAUUCCCUCGCAAUCGCAACCAACGCCAGCUGCACCACAGCCUCCUAUAAAUAUUCCAACUCCAACUAGCCCCACCUGCUCACAUCCAGCCUCAGCCUUACCCGACACCAUCACAAGCCUCAUCUACGAUGGUGCAAUUAUCCACAAUAUCAGCCUGCACCACAAACGAGAGAUAGUGAACAUUCCAAGCUAUCCGCAACCCACAUAUCCUACAUAUCAACCACCUGUAUACAACGUUCAAUACCACCAACAAGAACAGCCAGCACCACAUCGAGAGGUUGUCAACAUACCAAGUUAUCCACAACCUGCCUAUCCAACACAACAACCUAUUAUAUACGAUGUACAAUAUCCACAAUACCAGCCUUCACCACAACCAGGAAUAGUGAACAUUGCAAGCUAUCCUCAACCCACGUUAUCCUACAUAUCAACCAACUGUCUACAAUCACCAACAGCAGUCUAUCAUGAAAGCUAUACAACGCCUUCAACACCACCACAACCAGGAGUCAUUAAUAUACCUGCUGUGGCACAACCCACUUAUCCAACCACUCAGCAGCCUGUUUAUGUCAGUUAUCCAACAACAACAAGACCACAAACUGUAGUAGGCAUUCCCUCAUAUCCACAACCUCAGCCUGCAACUUCGCAACCACCUGUGUAUGUGUCUACGCCUGCACCACAAGCCAACAUCUACAACAUACCCACCGCUGUAGUGCAACCCAUACGCCCUGUGUAUGCCGUGGCCACUCCCAGUCGGGAUGUCAACCCCUGUUAUCCCACACCUUGUGGGCCCUACACUCAAUGCCACAAUCGCUACGGUGUUGCCGUUUGCCGCUGCCUGCCCAGCUAUGUGGGCACACCACCCAACUGUCGCCCAGAGUGCGUAGCAAACUCGGACUGCCCGCCACACAUGGCUUGUGUGAAUGAGAAGUGUCGCGAUCCCUGCGCUGGAGCUUGUGCCUUCACAGCAAUGUGCCGCGUGCAAGAACACGUGCCCAGCUGCUACUGCCCCAACGGCUACUCGGGCGAUGCUUUCGUCGCUUGCUAUCCGCCGGCUAUAAAGCAAAGGGAGCCCGUUGUGGAUCCUUGCUAUCCAUCGCCGUGUGGAGCCAACGCUGUUUGCAGCAAGGGAAUUUGCAGCUGCUUGCCGGACUAUCAAGGCGAUGCCUAUGUGGCUUGUCGACCGGAGUGUGUGCUGAAUACGGAUUGCGCCAAGCACUUGGCUUGCCGCAACCAAAAGUGUGUGGAUCCCUGCCCAGGCAGCUGUGCCCAGCAGGCAGUCUGCGCUGUCUAUCAGCACAUACCCAGCUGCAGUUGUCCAGUGGGCACCCAAGGAAACGCCUUGGUGCGUUGUGACCCGCUACCUCAAGUCAUACCUAGCACAACUAUCGCGCCCGCUGGUGCUGUCAUCCAACGUGAACCCGAACCAGUUAAUCCCUGCCAGCCCUCACCUUGUGGCGAUAAUGCCAUGUGCCGCGUUCAAGGCUCACAAGCCAUUUGCUAUUGCCUGCCCGGUUAUUUGGGCAUACCGCCCACUUGCCGUGCCGAAUGCACAAGCAACUCGGACUGCGCGCUGGAUCAGUACUGCUUGAAUCUCAGAUGUCGCGCAGCUUGUGCUGGUGCCUGUGGACUGUACGCGGUCUGCCACGCCCAGCAGCAUAGCGCCCAAUGUCUGUGCCCUGCGCCACUAACAGGCAAUCCACUUAUUCAAUGUCAAUUCAUCGCCCCGCCUGUUAUAUAUAACAAUACCCAUCCCUGCCUGCCCUCGCCCUGUGGUCCACACUCUCAGUGCGCGCCCACAGCUGAUGGCGCUGCUCGCUGCAGCUGCCUGCCCAGUUUUGUGGGCACGCCGCCGCGCUGUCGUCCCGAGUGCGUCACCAAUGCUGACUGCGCCAUGGACAAGGCUUGUGUUAACCACAAGUGUCUUGAUCCUUGCGUCGGCAGCAGCUGUGCGCCACUCGCGCAGUGUCGCGUUCAAGCGCACAGCGCGCAUUGCUAUUGCCCGCCUGGCUACAUAGGCAAUCCCUAUAGCCGCUGCGAGCAACCCAAGCCAGCUGACCCACCCGCACCUCGUUUACCCUGCCAGCCAAAUCCCUGCGGCGCCAAUGCCAUUUGCCAGCCACUGCGUGAGCUGAGCAUUUGUCGCUGCCUGCCCAACUACUUUGGCAAUCCCUACGUGCAUUGCCAUCCCGAGUGCACGCGCAACUCGGACUGCCCCAGCGAUAAGACCUGCAUGAACGAACAGUGCCAGGAUCCUUGUCCUGGCGUCUGUGGUCUGUACGCUCGCUGCUAUGCAGUCAAUCAUGCCCCAGUGUGUGAGUGCCUGCCACAGCUUGUGGGCAAUCCUUAUCUGAGUUGUCGUCUUCCCCAACAAGAACCCACGCCCCCUGUCUAUGUGAAUCCCUGCGAGCCAUCGCCCUGUGGCCCCAAUGCGCAGUGUCGCGAGUCCCAGGGUCAGGCUAUCUGCUCCUGUCUGCCGCAAUUCAUAGGCACACCGCCCGCCUGCCGACCAGAGUGCGUCAUCAGCGCUGAGUGCGCUGCGGAUAAGGCUUGCAUCAAUCAGAAGUGUCAGGAUCCUUGCCCCGGCACCUGUGGCACCAAUGCCCAGUGUCUUGUGCGCAACCACAGUCCAAUCUGCUCCUGCGAGCCUGGCUACACCGGAGACGCCUUCAGACGUUGCCUGCCCAUUCCGCCCGCACGUCAAACUGAGCCGCAGCCUGUCAAUCCUUGUCUGCCCUCGCCCUGUGGCCCUAAUGCUCAGUGCCGUGAGGUGAAUGGCGGCGCCAGCUGCAGCUGCCUGCCCAAUUAUAUUGGAGCUGCGCCCAACUGUCGCCCCGAGUGCACCAUCAAUGCGGAGUGCGCCAGCAACUUGGCCUGCAUUAAUGAAAAGUGUCGCGAUCCUUGUCCCGGCGCCUGCGGCUUUGCAGCCAUUUGCAAUGUGAUUAAUCAUACGCCCAGUUGCUCAUGCAGCCCUGGCUAUACAGGCGAUCCAUUCAACAGCUGUCGGCUGUUGCCACCACCACCAGCACCAGAACCAUCAACACCCGCCGAUCCUUGCCAGCCCUCGCCUUGCGGCGCCAACGCGCAAUGCAACAACGGACAAUGCAGCUGUCUGCCCGAAUAUCAGGGUGAUCCCUAUGUGGGCUGCCGUCCAGAGUGCGUGCUCAACUCGGAGUGCCCACGCAAUCGCGCGUGUGUGCGCAACAAGUGCGUCGAUCCCUGCCCCAACACCUGUGGCCAGAACGCGCUCUGCGAUGCCAUGAACCAUGUGGCCAUGUGCCGCUGUCCCGAGCGCAUGACUGGCAAUGCCUUUGUCGCCUGCACGCCCGUGCGGGAUGAACCCACGCCCGUACAGCCAGCCAAUCCCUGCCUGCCAUCGCCUUGUGGCGCCAAUGCUCAAUGCCUGGAACGCAACGGCAACGCCAUCUGUUCCUGCCUCGCAGGCUACUUUGGCCAGCCGCCCAACUGUCGCGCCGAGUGCUACACCAGCUCGGACUGCGCCCAGCAACACGCUUGCGUCAACAAUAGAUGCAUCGAUCCUUGCCCAGGACAAUGUGGUCUCAAUGCCCAAUGCCAGGCGGUGCAGCAUCGCGCUCACUGCGAGUGCCAGCAAGGCUAUCAAGGCAAUGCCUACAGCUUCUGCUCGCCCAUUGCAAAACUUGUGGAUCCGCCGCCAGAGCUUAAUCCUUGCGUGCCUUCGCCUUGUGGUUCCAAUGCUCAGUGCCGCAAUGAGCUCGGCCAAGCCAUUUGCAGUUGCCUGCCCGAGUUCAUAGGCACGCCGCCCAACUGUCGCCCCGAGUGCUACCAGAACGACGAGUGCGCCAAUCACUUGGCCUGCAUGCAGCAAAAGUGUCGCGAUCCCUGCCCCGGCAGCUGUGGACAGAAUGCGCAGUGCUCGGUGACGCUGCAUACGCCCAACUGUGUGUGCCCAGCGGGCAUGACGGGCGAUCCGUUCCGUCGCUGUCAACCCAUACCCACUCAAAUUAUACCCACACCCAUACCGACGCCUGCUAAUCCUUGCCAGCCCUCACCCUGCGGCACCAACGCCGAGUGCCGCGUGCGUGGCCAGAGCUACGUCUGCGAGUGCAGUCAGGAGUACAUUGGCAAUCCCUACGAGGGCUGCCGUCCAGAGUGCAUUGGCAACAGCGAGUGUGCAGCCAAUCGCGCUUGCAUACGCCAGAAGUGCGCGGAUCCUUGCCCAGGCACUUGUGGCCAGGAGGCUCACUGCAGCGUCAACAAUCACAUACCCAUCUGCUCCUGCCCCGCCGGCUAUACAGGCAAUGCCUUUGUGCAAUGCACGCGUCAAGUGGCGCCGAUUACGCCCAAGGAUCCUUGUUAUCCUUCGCCUUGCGGACUCAACUCUGUGUGCCGCGUGCAACGCGAUCAGGCGGUCUGCGAGUGCUUGCCUGGCUUCUUUGGCAAUCCCUUGGCGCAGGGCUGCCGACCGGAGUGCACGCUCAGCUCGGACUGCGCCAAGGAUCGCGCCUGUGUCAACAACAAGUGCGUGGAUGCCUGCGCUGGAGUUUGCGGCUAUGGCGCUGUCUGCCAGACCAUCAAUCACAGUCCCAUCUGCAGCUGUCCCGACAGCAUGGUGGGCAAUCCGUUCGUGCAGUGCGAGGCGCCGCGUCAUGUUGAGCCCACCGAUCCCUGCCAGCCCUCGCCUUGCCGCAGCAACGGCAUUUGCCGCGUGCGCAAUGGCGCCGCCACCUGCAGCUAUCCGGAGUGCGUGAUCAACGAGGAUUGCUCACGUGAACGCGCCUGCGUUAGCCAACAGUGCCGCGAUCCUUGUCUGCAUGCCUGCGGCUUGAACGCCAUUUGCCGUGUGGUCAACCACAAGGCGCUCUGCAGCUGUCCGCCGCACUUCUACGGCUCGCCGUAUGCGCAGUGCGUGUACGGCUCGCCGUAUGCGCAGUGCGUGCGUCAAGUGCCACAGAUCGAGCCACCCAAGCCGGAGUGCCGCAGCGAUGCGGAGUGCACCAAUGACAAGGCCUGCAUCAAUGAACAGUGCCGCAAUCCUUGCGAGCAAACGAAUCUCUGCGCGCCUCAGGCUCGCUGCCAUGUCCAGCUGCAUCGUCCGCUCUGCGUCUGCAACGAAGGCUACACGGGCAAUGCCCUGCAGCACUGUUACCUGCUCGGCUGCCGCGCCGACUCCGAGUGCGCGCCCACCGAGGCCUGCAUCAACAGCCAAUGCGUCGAUCCCUGCAGCUUCACGCAGUGCGGCACCAACGCCGUCUGCCGUGCCGACUACAAUCAUCGCGCCCGCUGCCACUGCCCCGAUGGCUAUCGCGGCAAUCCUCUGCUGCGCUGCGAGCGUCCCGAAUGCCGCAGCGACGACGAGUGCGCCUUCCAUCUGACCUGCCGCAACGAGCGUUGCGAGGAUCCUUGCAAUUGCGGCGUCGGCGCUCAGUGUCGCGUUGACAAUCAUCGCGCCCAGUGCCGCUGCCCCGCUGGCUACACUGGCAAUCCCGCUGUCAAGUGCGAACUGGUGCCCGCUCAACCCGAGGGCUGCACCAUGGACGCCGAGUGUGCCAGCAAACUGGCCUGCUUCAAUGGCGAGUGCAAGAAUCCCUGCAUUGUCACGCAUCCCUGCGGCGCCAAUGCCAUCUGCGAUGUCGUCGAUACGCUGCCCCUGCGCACCAUGAUGUGCCGCUGCGAGCCUGGUUAUGUGGGUGACGCCGACAUUGGUUGUCGCAAAGAACCCGCUAAGGACCAAGGCUGCAUCAGCCACGAUCAGUGCCAGGAUACGGAAGCGUGUCGCGCUGGAGUUUGCGUUAAUCCUUGUUUGGAUGCUUCGCCUUGUGCGCGCACAGCUCAGUGCUUGGCACAGCAACAUCGCGCCAUCUGCAGCUGCCCACAGGGCACCCAAGGAGAUCCCUUCACCAACUGCUAUCAACCACCUCAAACCCCCGCUGGCUGCAGUCACGAUUCGGAGUGCACGCCCACCACCGCCUGCAUCAAUAGACGCUGCCAGGAUCCUUGUGCCGAGGCCAAUCCCUGCGCCGGCAAUGCCGAGUGUCGCGUGCAGAACUCACGUCCCAUUUGCUACUGCCCAGCUGGCUGGGGAGGCGACCCCCAAGUGCAAUGCUUCAAGCCUGAAUGCAAAAUCAAUGCGGACUGUCCUUACGAUAAGGCUUGUCUCAAUGAGAACUGCGUUAAUCCUUGCACGCACGGCCAAGUGCGUUGCGGCAGCGGCGCUCAGUGCUUGCCACAGAAUCAUCAAGCGGUCUGCAGCUGUCCCGCUGGCACCCAGGGCAGUCCCUAUGUGGCCUGCAUCACUGGACAUUGUCAGUACAAUGAGGACUGCGCUGAUCAUGAAGCCUGCGAUCGUCUGAAUCGCGUCUGCCGACCCGUUUGCGAACAGGACACCUGCGCCUUGAACGCCAUUUGCCUGGGACGUCGCCAUCAGCCGCAGUGCGAAUGCUCUGCUGGCUACCAGGGCAAUCCCUUCGCGUUAUGUGAGCUGCCCAAGCAAGCGCCGCAGCCACAGUGCACCGAGGAUGCCGAGUGUCCCUCUAAGCUCGCCUGCAUCAAUGAACGCUGCGCCAAUCCCUGCGCCUCGCCGCAUGUCUGCAGCCCGCAGCAGAGCUGCCAUGUGCUGGACACGCUGCCACUGCGCACCAUGAUCUGCAAGUGUCCCAGCGACACUGUCUCCGACAACGCCGGCAAUUGUGUGCCGCUCAAGCCUGUUAUUGUCGCCGGCGGCUGCCAGCACAACGAGGAAUGCGCCAGCUCCGAGAUUUGUCUGCAUGGCAACUGCCUGGACGCCUGUCGCCUCGAACGCUGCGGCGUCAACGCUCAGUGCAGCGCUCGCGAUCACUACGCUCAAUGCAGCUGCCCGGCUGGUUACCAGGGCAAUGCCCGCAUCGAAUGCUACACCACGGAGGUGGCGCUGCCCAAGAUUCCCGGACCGCAGUGCGUGCGCAACGAUGACUGCCCGCUGGACAGAACUUGUCGCAACGAACGCUGCGUGAAUCCUUGCGUGGAAGAUGCCUGCGGUCAAGGCGCCUACUGCCAUGUGCAGCUGCACGCCGCCGUCUGUCGCUGCCCGCCAGGAUACUCUGGAGACGCCCGCGUCCGUUGUCUGCCACCAUCCGAUGUCAUCACCGUGGGCUGCAAGGCCAAUUCGGACUGUCCUGUUUCGGAGGCCUGCAUCAAUGCGCAGUGCAUCAAUCCAUGCAACUGUGGCCCACACGCCGAGUGCAUAGUGAAGAACCAUCAUCCGAUCUGCUACUGCCAGCCGGGCUACUCCGGCAAUGCGCAAUACGGCUGCGCGCCACUUGGCUGCCAAGCUGAUGAGGAGUGCGCCGAUGAUCAAAGUGUCCUGAACAGCGAGUGCAUCAAUCCCUGCCUGACCACCGAUCCUUGUGCCUUGAAUGCCGAAUGCUACGGACGUAAUCAUCGCGCCAGUUGUCGCUGUCCCGCCGGACUCGAGGGCGAUCCGUUCGUGCGCUGUGUGCGCCUGGAAUGCCAUUCCGACCACGACUGCUCAUCGAACCUCGCGUGCGUGUCCAAUCAGUGUGUGAAUCCUUGCGCUCAGAGUCCUUGUGCGCAGAAUGCUCAAUGCCAGGCGCUGCAGCAUCGCGCUGUGUGCCGCUGUCCGGAGCAACUGCCGCUGGGCAAUCCCUAUGCCUACUGCGAAGCUCGCGCUGUCACCCCCAUCUGCCGUGAUGACGGCGACUGUCCAAGCGGAUUGGCCUGCAUUGAUGCCGCCUGCAAAAAUCCCUGCACGGAGCUCUCGCCCUGCGCCAGAAGCGCUCACUGCAGCGUCCUGGACAGCGUCCCAGUUCGCACAAUGGUCUGCGAGUGUCCCGAAUCCCAAGUGCCCGAUGCCAGCGGCGAGUGCCGCCAGCUUGUGCUGCAAAGUCCACCCGGCUGUGAAUCCGACGCCGACUGCUCGGAUCAGGAGGCUUGUGUGCAUCGCCAGUGUCGCAAUCCUUGCAACUGCGGCACCAACGCCAUCUGCCAGGUGCAGCAGCAUCGCGCCGUGUGCAGCUGCCAGGACGGCCUCGAGGGUAAUCCCUAUGCCGCCUGUCGCUCCAUUGGCUGCCGCGUCGACGGCGAAUGCGACAGCGGCAAGGCCUGCAUCAAUGGCAACUGCCUGAAUCCCUGUCUGAUCAACGAUCCCUGUGGCCAGCAUGCCGAGUGCUAUGUGCAGUCGAGUCGCGCUCAGUGCCGCUGCUUGAGCGGCUAUCGCGGUAAUCCCUACGAGCGCUGCCGCGUCAUUGGCUGCAGCAGCAACAGCGACUGCCCCAUGGACAAGGCCUGCCACAACGAGCAGUGCGUCAAUCCCUGCGUCUACCAGAACCAAUGCGCCCCCAAUGCCGAGUGUCGUCCACAGAAUCAUUUGGCUGUGUGUCGCUGUCCCAGCAACUAUCUGGGCAAUCCCUAUGUGGACUGCCAUCUGGAGCAGCAGCCCGCCUGCAAGCUGGACACGGACUGUCCGUCCCGCUUGGCCUGCAUCAACGAGCAGUGCGUCGAUCCCUGCCUGGUUCUCGAGCCUUGCCAGCGUCCUGCCCAAUGCCAGGUGACACCCACAGCGCCAGUGCGCACCAUGAUCUGCGUUUGCCCGGAUGGCUACAUCAGCAGCGGCAGCGGCAGCUGCAAACCCACCCAGAGCGUUGUCAAGGUGGGCGGCUGCAUCUCCGAUACGGACUGCCCAGCGGACAAGUCCUGCGUGCGCGGCAUUUGCCGCAAUCCUUGCAACUGCGGCAUCAAUGCCGAGUGCCGCAUCAAGGAUCACAAACCGGUGUGCACCUGUCGCCAGGGCUACGAGGGUAAUCCCGAGUUCGAGUGCGCCAAGCUCGAGUGCAGCAUCAACUCGGACUGCCCGGCUACGCACGCCUGCAGGAAUCAGCUCUGCGUGCCCGCCUGCCAGGGCGAGCAAUGUGGUCCGCAUGCCGAGUGCCUGGCCAUUGAUCAUCGCGCGGUGUGCGAGUGCGCGCCUGGACAUCAGGGCAAUGCUCGCUUGGGCUGCACGCCUCUGGGCUGCCGCACCAACGACGAAUGCCCCACGGACAAGGCCUGCGUCAAUGGCAAGUGCGCCGAUCCCUGCGAGACAACCGCCAUCUGCGCCAGCGACGAGCGCUGCAAGGUCUACCAGCAUCAGCCGCAAUGCGCCUGCCCACCGGGCACCCAACCUGGACGCAAUGGCUGCGAGCAGGAGCGCGUUGUGCCCAUUUGCGUCAGCGACAGCGACUGCCCCAGCCAGCGCGCCUGUCUGCACGGCGAGUGCGUCAAUCCCUGCAAUGCCACCCAACCCUGCGGCGUCAAUGCCGAGUGCCGCGUCCUGGACACGCUGCCAGUGCGCACUAUGAUCUGCGAGUGCCUCGAGGGCUACACCGGCAAUGCCGCCGUCCAGUGCGACAAGCGCUCGCUCUGCGUCAUCGAGAAGGGCUUCGUGCGCGAUGUGGACGGCCAGUGCGUCUGCCCACCCGGCACAGCGCUGGACAUCUAUGAAUACUGCACUCCUUGCCUAGUGGAGCAGGGCUAUCGCAUUGAUGAGAGCGGUCACUGCGUCUGCGCCUUGGAGCGCGGCAUGGUCAUCGACGAGCGUGGUCGCUGCACCUGCCCCAUCGAGCUGGGCUACCGUCUCACCCCACAAGGUGAAUGCCAGCCCGUGGAGCAGCCCGAGUGCACCAGCAAUGAGCAAUGCGCCGACAAUCGCUACUGCAAUCCCGAGACCAAGACCUGCGAAGAUCCCUGCCUCACUAAAGUCUGCGGCGUCAAUGCCUUCUGCAACGCCGUCAACCAUCGCGCCCAGUGUCAAUGCAUCACUGGCUACACCGGCAAUCCGGAGCUGUACUGCAACCACACCAACUUCCGCACCGACUUCCCUCGUCCCGACAUGGUCGUCAGCUGUUUGGCUGAUGGCGUCCAAGUCGAAAUCCACAUCACCGAGCCUGGCUUCAAUGGCGUGCUCUACGUCAAGGGCCACAGCAAGGACGAGGAGUGUCGUCGUGUCGUCAAUCUGGCGGGCGAAACUGUGCCACGCACUGAAAUCUUCCGCGUCCACUUUGGCAGCUGCGGCAUGCAGGCGGUGAAGGAUGUCGCCAGCUUCGUGCUGGUCAUACAGAAGCAUCCCAAGCUGGUCACCUACAAGGCCCAAGCCUACAACAUCAAGUGUGUCUACCAAACCGGCGAGAAGAAUGUCACGCUCGGCUUCAACGUCUCCAUGCUGACCACAGCGGGCACCAUCGCCAACACUGGCCCGCCGCCCAUCUGCCAAAUGCGCAUCAUCACCAACGAGGGCGAGGAGAUCAACUCUGCGGAAAUCGGCGACAAUCUGCGACUGCAAGUCGAUGUCGAGCCAGCCACUAUUUAUGGCGGCUUUGCGCGCUCGUGUAUUGCCAAGACCAUGGAGGACAAUGUUCAGAACGAGUAUCUGGUGACGGAUGAGAACGGCUGCGCCACCGAUACGAGCAUCUUUGGCAACUGGGAGUACAACCCGGACACCAACAGUCUGCUCGCCAGCUUCAAUGCCUUUAAGUUCCCCUCCAGCGACAACAUUCGAUUCCAGUGUAACAUACGCGUCUGCUUCGGCAAAUGCCAACCUGUGAACUGUGGUGGCUACAACGCGUUCGGACGUCGUCGUCGCGCCAUUGCGGACAACUCCAGCGAUACAACAGCCAUUGCCAGCAGCUCCGGCGUGGAGGGACAACUGCGCGAGGAGAUCACCAUCUCAUCGAAUGCCAUACUGACGUUCGAGAAGCGCAGCGGUCCUGGUCUGAACGAUGCCAACAUUAAACCUGCGGCUCAGCGUGUGGAGGAUAUCUGUGUGUCGAUGGUUGGCUUGAUUAUUGCCUUGGUCAUAACAGCGCUGCUGGCUUUGGUAGCCGUUGCUGUCGCUGUCUCCUGCUGGCUCAUGGCCUACAGGCGCAGACCCAAGACCUUGGCGCCACUGCCGCAUCCACCAGAGUUCCCCAAUCCGCUGUUCGCCAAUGCGGACGCCGCUCCAGAGCCCACACCGGACUAUCUCUCCUAAAAAGAAGUAAAACCAACUAAACACAAAUACGACAAAUAAACACACCUAGCUAUAAAUUUAGUUCAUAAGACACACAAGCAAACAAACAAUUGAAUAUUUGACAAGCAAGUGCAAAAAGCCAGGCCAACGAAAUUUAAUUUCGCCAGCAAGAGAAACAAAUAUAGAACGAACAAGAGAAAAAGCAAAAGUACAGUUGUGAGCUGAAAUUGAAAAGUCGCUGACCGUUUAUAAAACGCUCACGACCAAGCAAAUGAAAAAUGAAUAUAAUAAUGUAAAAAUUGAAAGAGAAUUGCAUACAUUUUAAGAAAAAUAAUUUUAUUAUUAAUUUUGUAUUAACAACAGUUUGAUUUAGUUCUGUUUUCCACACUUCCGUCCUUACUAAUAUGAGAAUUUUGCGUAGUUGAAAGUAAAUUUAUAAUUUUUUUAGAACGAAACUGCCAAAAUCAAUAGAAUUCAGCAUUUAGAGCAAACAGCUACAAAGGAAUUCUCGUUUGCUAACGACAACUUCUUCAUUAGUCGAUUUUAUAAUUAAUAAUAAUUUUUUGUGUAAUAUACAGUUAGAGACUUCCUAUAAAUGUUUAGGGUUUUGGGUAGUAGUCAAUCACAGAACACUUUGUAUCAUAGCACACACACACAGACAGACACACAGACACUUUAAUGCAACUACUACUAUUUUGUAUUUUAAUGACCUGAGAG